CAGAUUUGGGGGUUGGUUAUAGAAAGUUCGGUGACUCUUGUUUUCUCUUACAGCUCCUUCUGCACUUUGCUUAGCUGGUGCACUAAGUGCAAAAGCCACAUUUGUUAACGGCAUAGUCAAUCAUGGCCUUUUACCUCUUUUAAAAGUACCAAGGUUGUGUUUUUUUAUGAUAGCUGUGUUCACAAUGCCCGCAUAAAAGCUAUUUUUGCUUUAAGACCAAGAAGCUCAAAUAGUCUUCAGAUGUUGGUGUUGCAGAUAUUAAUGGGGUAAACAAAGAGGGUUCAAUAAAUGGUUAUUACUUUACUGCUUUCCUGCAUCUACAAAGACAAUAGGAUAAGGAGGGAUACAAGGCAAUAUACGAUGUUAAAACAACAUUUUUGUCAGCCCACAAGCUGCAAUUUAAACAAACACUUAAGUUAUCAUCAAACACAUAAAGCUACCAGCAUCAUUGUAGUGUUCUGCAGGUCAUGGUGUAAAGGCAUACAUUUCUAACUAGCCAUAACAUUAGUGAUGAGAUAUUCAACCGACAUGUUAGCAGGGAAUAAAUAAUGUUACCAAAUAGUAAUGCGAACUGGAAAAGCUGACAGUAGUAUAAGCUCGUCUACACAAUUGUUAAUCUAAGGAACAGAAAUGUCACCCCCCCAAAAGAAAUGUUAGCAAAGCAAUGUUGAUAUUUGCCAAAAAAUAAAGUUAGCUCAGUAAUGUAAAUGCCAAAAAAGUUAAAAAGUUAGCAAUACAAGCUGGAUAAAAAAUGUUAACCAGGUAACAUUGAUGUUAGCGAAAAUUGAAUGUUAGCUAGCGAAAGUUGAUGUUCGCCAAAAACCAGAAUGGCCAGGUAACAUACAUGUAAUCCAAAAUAUAAAAUUAGCCUGGUAACAAAAACUAAUGCUGCCAAGGUAAUAGUAUUAACCGUGUGAGAUUGAUAUUGGCCUAAAAUUAAGUAAGCUGGGUGACAUGGAUAUUAGCCAAAAAAUAAAGUUAGCCAGGUAACAAAAACUUAUGCUGCCAGGGUAAUAUUGGCUUUUGAUAAAAUCAUCUGAGCUAGUUAAAGUUGAUAUUAGCUAUACAUAGUCUUAACCAUGCAAGAUUGAUGUUAGCCUAAAAUUAAGUAAGCUAAGUAACAUAGAUAAUAGCCAAAAAUAAAGUCAGCUAGGUAAUAUUGAGGCUAACCACAAGUGGUGUUAACAACGUAACAAUGUCAUUAGCCAAAAAUCAUGUUAGCAGGGUAACGUUGAUGUGAGCCAAAAAUAAAGUUUGCUAUGUCGCUGUAAUGUUAGCUGACAUUAAAUUUUGGGCAAGGCUGUUUAAAUUGCAUGAGAACUUGUAACUCAUAUUAAAUCAAAAACAUUAUAGUUUUGUAGUUAAGAUUUUCUUAGUUCUCCAAACAUGGAUCAUUGUAGUGUUUUGGCUUCGGUACAAACAUGGUGCUUUUUUAAAAAAUCUGCCCCAAAGGCACAGAUCCUACAACCAUCAAUCCUCCAACUGAUGAAGCAAGAGAACUUCCAUUAAUACUGCUCGGAACGGAGUAUGAUUGAUAAGCAGCCUCACCUUGAAAUGAGCCAUGAUGUUAACACAAGAUGACAAGACAUGUGGGGUAAAGGUUUGGGGGCCUAAUCACCCUCUCCCCUCCUCCCGUUCAUCACUGCUGCCUUUCAGGAAUAAUGACAGGAAACAGCAGCUCGUGCACAGAUUGAUGACUGAUCUCUGCAGAAGGCAACACACCAUUAGCAUCUUGUGAGGAUACCCUGCACUGUCCUGUGGGAUGAUAAAACAAAGAGCGCAUCACUGCAGAUGAAAAGAGAUGCGCUUUCAUCUGACAAUAAUGUUGAUGUUUUCAGUGGCGUUCAGUUUGGAUUAUACUCCUCAUAAACAUGCUCUUUCUCCUGGGCUUUGAUGUCAUUAAAUUAAUGGAGUCUAUCAAUCAAGAGUGUUUGGUUUAGCAGUUCUGAGCGCUCUUGAAACGAUGACAGAAGAGGUCUACAUCACACUUUACAGAAUGAGCAUUUGUAAAAUAGAUAAGAAAAAAAAGAGGAUGAGUCAUUGAAGAAAAAGAUCAAAUCACUGUAGCUGCUUUUUCAGUUCAGUGUGAAAGACGUGCCUGCUAAUGGGAACAUUUAGCCAAAAACAGUCUAUACUUUAAAAUAGUUGUGAUGUAUAAAGAGCUUUUUUCACUGCCUCGAAACAGCCCACAAAUUUAUACUGCUGCUCAAAAAUGCAAAUUUGAUGAUAGAAAAGUUUAGAUGUGUCUAAAUUCAUGUUAACGCUCCUGUGAAAUAUUCACAGUAAAUGAUAAAAUGACACCCAAAAGUUAGCAGGAUUAGAUGUUUUGUCAAAAGUGACUGCAUAGAUUAGAGCGGACAAGGUAAAAAGAUAGUGAUUUGACCACAAGGGGCGCUAAAACUGACACAAACCAAAAGUUCCUCACAGGAGCUUUAACAAAAACAAAAGAUUUUUUAAAAACAGGUAAUUAUGCGCUUAUUUUCACACACUUAGAAAUAUCACACUGCAUUUCUACCAAAUCUUUUCUGUUAAAUGCUGCUCAAAUCUACAAAUAUCACCUUUUAAUCCAUGUCCACAAACUCUGAUAACAAUUUUUCAACCAUGGCCAUCUUUUGAACAGUUUUUCAAUAGAAAAAUGCUCACUGCGGUUUACUAACUGGAUUUGAAUCCUUUAUAAAGACUGUUUUUUUAUGAUAUGAACUGCAAGAGUACAGGUUUUGAAAUGGCUCUGCAUCAGUAACAAAAGUUGUCGUGUACAGUGUAUACAGAUGUCAGUGUUGACGUCAGUGUCCUUGAGGCUCAGCUGUGUUCCCUCCUCAUUUUGGAGCUGAAUCAAUCUCUUACUUGCUUGUGUGCACUAAUCAAAACGUACAGAAGAUGAAGAAGACAGAAAAAGGAGAUAUAGCACUUUAUUCUUAGCUUUGGUAGUAUAGAUCUAUAUGAAGCUUUGUUCUUACUGACUGAAAUGAAGUCUUAUGCAGAAGCCUUUCCUCCUAAUGAAGUUUUCUUUGAUGACGCCAACACAAAAGAAAUCUGCAUGCUGAGGGAGAAUUUACAGAGGCCUGCAUCCUAUGUUUGAGUGGAUUGGGGAGGGUUUAAGAAACCAUCUGCUAGAUUGAUAUUUCCUCUUGAUAUACGAGUCUAUAUCAAUUCAUUUAACGCAAAGGAUCUUGAAACCAUGAGGCAGGAAGAGUCCCCAACCCCCUAUGAAUGUAUCUGGUGAUUGCCACCUCGGUCAUACUCAGUGAUGAGUCAAGGGCACCAGUAACUAUGAGGAGAUUUAAUUACAUGUGCGCUGGUGCAGUAAAAAGUACUGCUGGCCUACGCAAUGUGGGCUCAAACGUGACCAUUGGAUGUUCUGCAGACCUUCUGUCUCCAUUGUUAAGUGUUAUGUGAUCAGAGCAAAAGAAUGAAGAAGAAUCAGACUAAUUAAUGAAUCCUAGCACGAGUGCUUCCAUCUGUCUUUCAGCGAAAAGGACCCCUACAACCACGUAAACCUUCUCGUGGGCAGUAAAACACAGGGAUGCAUCUGCAGACUUAUGUAACAUAGUAUCUGGUGUCAUGAAGUCUUUUGUUAGCUCACAAACAAGACAGCUCAUCAUUCCUGAUCAGUAUGCAGCCCCACAUCCGCUUGCUUUACGAUCCCUGCUGUCACCAUCUCCCUUCACCUCGUGGUUUGUGCACCAAAUGUCAAUGUAAAUAUUCAUGUUUGUGGUCCUGACCUUGAAAGACCAUGCUCUUUUGAGUGUAUCUUAAGCCAAAGAACUAAUAACAGGUUUAGGAUGUAGAGAAGGUGCAAGCUCAGGCAGACAUAGUGAAAAGACAGAGAUAUUAAUGUCAUGCAAAUAUGUCUGCUCACCUUUUAUGUGAAGUUUAAAAUGGAGGCUAUUAUUAAAACGUGAAAGGAAUCACCUUCCCAUGAAACUUAUUACAAUUGGCUUUGUUUUUCUUUUAUCUCUUUGCUUGACACUAAUAAAGUAUAGAAGGAGAGAUGUAUAUUUUUCUGUGAAGUAUUUUAGCAUCUUUUGAAAAUGUCCUAUCAAAGUGAUUUUCUCUGCCAGUGUUCAAAUGUUGUUAAAUUUUACCUGCUUGAUUAACAAACCAUUGAACUUAAGUCAUUCAAAAUCAUUCUUAAUAACUAUUUGAUAUCCUUCCCAGUGAGAACUGAGAUUUUAACAUUAAGUUUGGAUAAAACAGAAUGAAGUAAUUCCACCAUUUUUCAGCUGCCUGGAGUACUUUUGGAAAAUCAACAUUUGAUCUUUUUUAUCUGCUUUUAUCUGUCUUAAAAACUUUUUAUUGCUUUUAUUUCCUGUGAUUGCUUUCAUAGCAUUUAUCUAUUUUACUGCUUUAUUGUUUUUAGGUACUUUUACCGCCUCUCUCUCUGUCUUGCUUUUAUUUCACUUGGUUCUGUUCACCCCUCUUUUAAUGCUUUAUUCUUUUUAUUGCUUUUACCUCAUUUUUAUUGCCUCCUCCUCGCUUAAUUGUUUGCUUCACCUUAAAUCUCUGGUCCAUAUGCUUUCAGUCUUUGUGUUGCCUGGGUUCUAUAGAUGAUAACGUUGGUUGUGUAGUUCGGGCUCUUUUGUGUUUGGGUUCUUAUGCUCUGGUCUUAUGUAUACUUUUGCAUGCCCAUUUAAACACUUAGUAAACUUUUUUCAGGUGCUUUAAAGCUCCUAUGAGUAACUCUUAUCUACUCAUGAAACAAACUAAGGUUGAUAUUAAUACCUUUUUAUGACCUAUAACACCAAAUGGGACUGUCAGCCACAUAACUGUUUGUUUUUAUUUACUGGUUUUUAAAGUUCACAUUUGCUAGUAGGUGGUGGGUGUGGGUCAACCUGAUUUAUUGUAUGCUAACAAAAAGGCCUCCUUUUUUGGGCAUUUCUUAUGGCUGACACUUCUUAUAAGAUAGUGUAAAAGCAACCCUUGAUAAGAUUUAAAGCGUGUCUCACUUUGUAUGGGACACUGCAAAGAGAUGCAGACCUCUGCUUUAUCCACAGGGCGCACCAGAAUCAACACAAACAGAAAGAUUCUCACAGAAGCUUUAAUUAUGAGUGUCAGAGAGCACUUUUUGACUUACAAAAGUGAUCGAUUUGUUAACUUAAGGGUGAAAAGAGGACAGAAAUUAUUAUAAUGACCAAAUCUCUUCAGUGGUUUUUCAGCAGCGUUUAAAUUGCAGCCUUUUUAAUGGGUGUAAACAGGUCAUGAAAUGUGUGACAGGAGUAGAGUGACUUGGGGAAUUUUUCCACAUUUAUAACAUGUUGGUUUUAUUAAAUGGGGCUAAAUUUAGCUUACUGUACCUGUAAUCCAUGUCCACAAACAAAUGCUGAAAAACCUUAUUGUUGGUUAUCUCAAACACUCCUCAACAAUGGCCAUAGAUACCUUUUUAGCAGUGUGAUUUCACAUUUCAAUGAGGUUUAUAGGACUGAAUUCGAUCCUUAUAGACCCAGCCCAUCUUUUAUGUCAAUAUUAAUCUGUUUACUUUUUAGCUUCUCAGUUGCUCAGGGAUCUAUAUAAAUGUUUUAUUAUCAGCAUGUCAUCCAGAGCAAAUAAUAUAACAAACUUUGUGCAUUCAUUUUCAUUUGCAUGUAUAAAUUUCUUCAAUGUUAUUGAAGUAUGUCAAAGGUAUUUAUAUAAACAUAAUGCACAUAACUUUGUCGCACCAUUUUAUUGAGCAAUGACUGACAUUUAACUGCUUUUUCUCUGAGCCAGAAUACUCCUCCAGCAUAUUGUUUCCAGUCUCACACCUUUAAGUACCUGAGAGUCAUCAGGAGGAUGGACCAAAAUGAACCAUAAAACAGUCUGUGUCUGCAGUCACUUAUUAAAACCCUGCCAUCUUCCUGCCUUCCCAUUACUUAUAAAGUUCCUCCACUGGGCACCGAACACCAAGCAAUUAACAUUUGGAGUCUUCCCUUCUGCCAGGGGAAGUUAUUUUAGAUAUUCUUAACCCUGUCCUCCUGAGAUUCUGUGAGAAAGUUUUCAAAUGAAAUGAUGACGAGGCAGUACAGAGAAGAAUGAGAAGUUCAGGAAGGAAAUUGGGGAAAAUGGGGUUCAAAACCAGGAGAGAGUUUGAAGGUGACCCUCAGCCUGUUAGGAGCUCUUUUGGACUUUAACUUUCUUAAUUUAUUCAUUAAAAACAAGUUCUUUACGACACCACCUGCACACAAUAACCCCAUAUAAAAGUAGUUAAGAUUAAUGCAGCAGUGAAGGUGACACAUUUCUCAGUGCAGGGACAAGCAUACACACACCAUUACUGGAUGACAAAACCUUUAGUUUCAAACAACUAAGAAAUUAUCUUAAAAAUAUUUGACAAAAAAAACUCUUGGUCUACAUAUUAAAGCUGCAGUGAGUAAGUUUCAGUUUGUUUCAUAUUGGCGCCCCCUGUGGACUUUUGAAUUUCCCUCUGGGAUUAAUAAAGUAUCUAUCUAUCUAUCUAUCUAUCUAUCUAUCUAUCUAUCUAUCUAUCUAUCUAUCUAUCUAUCUAUCUAUCUAUCUAUCUAUCUAUCUAUCUAUCUAUCUAUCUAUCUAUCUAUCUAUCUAUCUAUCUCUUGCCUGAUUUAACAGUAGUGUUUUCAGAGAAAAACCUCUUUUUUUUUGUAGAAUAUUUCACUUACUGUGAAAAUUGGCUACACAGAAAUUUUUUAUAGAGAAAGCAAAAAAGGAUGUUCUUUAAGCCUGUUUUUAAUCAUCUGGACACCUACUUCCUCAAAGCAGUUUUGAAAAUUAAAAACGACAACAGGGAAUUUAUCAGUCGUGUUGUUGGUGGUAUUGUUUAAUUUUGAUGGACAUAAAGGGGCAUCACCAUCAGGUUCAGUCUAUUUUUCAAACAGUUAAAACUUGUUACAGUGCCUUUUAAAACUUCAAGGCAUGGUUGACGAUUUGAGAAGCAGUUUACAAAAACUGAGUCAUUGAGGCAGAUUAAAAAAAAAGCUUUCAACUCCCACACACAAACUUUUCCCCUCUGUGCUCCAUGAUAACUCUCCUCAAACCCGUAUCCCCCUCCCCACAACCAUUCAACCAUGUCUUUAACAAUAAAUGUUUGUCAUAGCACAGUGUGGGCAUUGAAAUAACUGUAUUUCUUGUAAUAAAUAAAUCUCAGUAUGAGCAUACUUAAAGCUGUUGGCUAGAGGUCUGCUGGCAAAUAUCACAUAAACAUGAAAAAAAUCCCAGAAAAUAAGAUGUGGAUAUUAAAUUGUAACUUUUUUUUGUUCAUCUCACAUCCUGAUGUGAUCAUUAUGUUUAUAGUUUCACUAAAUGUCCUCUUUUCUUAUAUCCUGCAGGCCUCAUCUCUUCAUGAUGAUGACGAUGAUGAUGAUGAAGGAAGAAAGCCAACAUGAUGUGAACCACAAUGACUUUAAAGCACUUUACAGCAGCAAAAAUAAAGAUGUAGGAAAUUGCUCAAAGCAAUCUGUGAGAUACAAAAUGAACUGUUAACAGGAUGUCAGCACUUUGCACUGAAUGGGAAAAUAUGUGCAAGAAAAAAUUAACAAGAGAAAUUUAAGGCGCUGAUACAGCAUGUCAGCUCUGCAGCUGUGAAAGCCUGUCUCUAGUGGACACAGUGUUGUUAAAGCUACAGUAAGGAGUUUUAAACUGAAAGACAAAUUAAUGUUGAUGCCUCUUUGUGAACAACUAAUGCAAGCAAGACCUUCAGAAAAUGAUUGUCUGUCCCUAUAAAGUUAUUUUUUAAUGCCUUAGACAUCUGGAGCAGGGUAUCAGACAAACAAAUCCAGGCAGAAACGGUCUUUUCAGCCCAAACAUCGAUACAGAUUUCCAACUUAUACAUUUGACUCUAAUAAGAUAGAUAUGAAAUCACAAAAAUAAAACCUUUGUCCUCAAGGUAGCCCCAAAUUCAACACAAAUCACAAGAUCCUACCAGGAGCUUUAAUUUCUUGAUUUUCAUUUGUAUAAAGUUUCACUAUUAUGUUUUUUGAUUGUGUAAAAUGCUGUAGUCAUCAUCCCUGUGUCUAUGAGUUUGACUACUUUGCUGCAAGUCAGCUCCUGUUCUCUUUUUCAGCACAAAAAAAGAAAAGACAAAAAUAAAUAAAAAAAUUGUGUGUUUUUGUUUCAAACAUGUGCAGGUGUAUGUGAUACCCCACUGUCACAGCAUCCCACAAUAUUUCUGUCAUAAUUAUAAAUGUGGCUCCCCCACUGAGAGCUGUAAUUUAAUCCAUUCAAGAGAACUGAGCAUUUUUGCAAAGAGCUUGAAUUAAUUAAGACCCUGAUUACACGAAAAACAAAUAACUUCUCCGACUCGUGCAUUAACAGCUGAACAACAGGGGCUCUUGUUGCAAUUAGGCAAUCAUGUUAAAACAAAUGGCUGAGUCCUCAAUUAGACAGGAUGGAAGUUGAGGAGUGGAGCAUAUUAAGUGCUUCUUUGCUUUUUGGUUAAGUCUGUAAAUUACAGAUGGUCUAUGCUUAUAUUUUAUCAAAUGGUGAUACUUUUGACUUUAUCUGCAGAGAUUUGAUUUAAAUAUAAAAAGCAUUUAAUCAAUCUUCUGACACAUUAUACUGUACAAAGUUUAAAACUUACUGUCAUAUAAUCUGGAUGGAUCUGCAGGUGUGUGUCUAGACAGUAUGGCGGGGUGGCAUGAGCCCCCCUCAAAAGUGGUUAGCCACCAAAAAACUGGACUAUUUGCUUUGUUAGACAGGACUUGUGUUGAAAUUAACUAUUUGGUCAACAGGCCACCAGUAGUUUCUUCUGUGGAAAAAUACUUUGCUGAGAAAAGUUGCAGCAUAUUAUCUUGUCUCAAAGGACAUAUAAAUAUAAAUAUACAUAUAAAUUUGCAGCAUAAUAAUAAAAUUUUAAAGCUUCUGUGAGGAACUUUUGCUUUGUGUCAGUUUUGGUGCACCCACUAUGGACAAAACUUAUCUUGUCUUCUACAUUGUUUAAAAAUUUUCUCUAUUAUGUUUUUUAAGGUCAGAUGUACAAUUUAUUCUGAGUAUUUGAUGCGUAAAAUGUGAAAAAAAUAUUUCUUCAGCUGUUUGACUGACAUUUAUUCCCUAUGCACCAGUUUUAGGCUAUGAGCAUUUUAAAGGAAAAAUGUGUUAAUCUUCUCGCUGAUGUUCUUGUUUGCUUCUGUACAUUAUAAACAGACAUCAAUAUAAAUUUAAAUCUAUUUCACAAAUGUCAAUGAACUCCUCAUGGAGCUUUUAUUAUGUGGAAAAAAGGGGUAAGGCCACCCCAGUCAGAAAGUUCUUACAUGCCCCUGCUUAUGUGUGAAUCAGUAAUUCAUGAAAUUUAUGAUAAAAUGGGAAGAAGUGAUGCUGCCAAGACCAAGCAUAAAUUCCAGCUCCAGUGCCACAUCCUUCUGCUGUUUCUUUUACCCGCUGGGUUGGCUAAAGAGACUGCAAGAGGAUUUUUAAGAGCCAAGGAUAUAAAUCUCAAGCUCUCUUGAGUUAUUGGUGUCACUAUACUAUAUGCGACAAUACUCUCUUCUUCAAAAGAUGUGGUAAAAGCUAGGCACCUUGUCCACAAAUCACACAUCACUAUUGAUUAUUUUACUCAGGAGAUAUCAUGAUUUGCUUUAUACCAAAAUAACUGGUUACUUUGCUGUAUUAAAGCUUGUAAAACUGCGCCACUGCUGUUACAUUAACAUUUAGAAACUAUGAUUUUGUUGAGCUCUAUAGAAAACUGUCAACAGGUUGAAAAGAGAGAAGCAUGCUCUUAUUAACCAACUCUACAUAAAGAAAAACAACUGAAGUCGAUACACUGAGUGUCCUCUAACCAGACGUUUUAGUGAAAAGCUCUUAAAUGCCACAGAAAUGUCAGCUAGAAACAGACAGCUGUCAUGGUAACUCCAGUACCUCAUAUUGUGCCUAAAGAACUUAUCUAUAAUACAAAAGCCCAUCUCUCGCUCUCUUACUCUAAAAGGACUUGUGAGCUCAUUGAAACCAUGGCAACACCUGAGGGGGGACCAUUUUUUUGAGGACUAUAACGUUUCAAAAGGUUGGUUUAGCCGACGGACAAACAAGCUUGAAAAAAGGAGCAAACACACCCCUGUCUGAGGGGUUAAUUUUCUUGUUUUAGCGUUGCUGGAAAAUUAGAUUUGUAUGAUCUGAUUACCACCUACUCGCUGAGUAAUAAGCAGUCUUUCCCACAUAUGUUUGAUGUCUUCUUCUUGUCUGUCAAGAUAAAGGCUGGUCUACCUGUGCUGGCAGCAGCAAAUUCUUCACAGAGGAAGAGCAAUCUGAUGUGAAACGUUUGUCCCAUGAGGCGGUGCACUCAGCUUAUCAACGUGAUACAUCUCGAUGAUAACAUGCUGUGUGUCUGUGGAGGAGGCGCAGUGUAUGAUGGGUGAGGAGCAUGUCAGCCCCCUGCUGGGGUUGAGGGAGUUGAACACUUAACGCUUUGGGAAGUGAAUUUUUCUUGAAAUUUUGUGAGUGAAAAAGUAGUUUUGAGGCCUAUGAAUUCAGGGAUGUGAAGAAAACUAAAAAUCUUUACUAUCCACAUUUUUCUACAGAGUAAACCAAACAUCUGUUAGAAUAAUCAAGCACCGAACCAAGCACCAAGCACCAAACUUGGGGGGACAGAGCCUUCUGCGCUGCCACCCCCACCCUCUGGAAUUCACUCCCAAAACCCACCCGAGACCGUACAGACCCCCAUACUUUUAAAUCACUCCUAAAAACACACCUUUUUAAAUUGGCUUUUAACCUAUGAACUGUUCUUUUACUGUCUUUUCAUAUUGUAUCUUUAGUAACCGUCUACACUGUUGGUCUUAUUACUCAACAUUUUCUGUAUUUUAAAAUGUGUAUUUUUGUAAAGCAUCUUUGAGCAUCUGUAAGUGUGUUAUUAAUAAAUUUAUUAUUAUUAUUAUUAUUAUUAUUUAUUAACAUUAUCUCAAAGGUUUCUGAUAAAACACAAAUGCACAUUAUCUAUCCCUCUUACACACAUUCCCAUAAAUCUUGUACUGAAUAGCCCAUAUAAAUAUUCUUAAUUUUAUAAUGUUAACUGUUUUAAAGCAGUAAAUACAGUCAUUUUUCAAGCUGACAGAGGCUGAUUUGAACAAAUGAUAAACAAAGGGCAGUGAUGAGCGUAGUGGGGUGGUAAUGAUUUUAAAACUAACCUGGUGAUGGGACUGUUGUUAAGUUGUGUCAAGGUGUCUUUAAUGGGUAAUAAUUACAUUUUAUUAGCUAAAAGAAUAAAAGGGAAACACAAAAUGUCUACUUUUUAAAAAAAUGUUAUUUUAAUUUAUAUAGUUUUUUUUUAUCGUGAUUAAAAAGGGUCACAACCAACCCCUGUCUCCCCUAUUCAAACGGAACAUGAAGGCGAAUUAAAAUCAUGAAUAUUAGCAUUUUUCUGUAAAUAUUAUCUUAUGAAACGCAAUAUUAAACAGCAAGAGAAGAAUAGAGGCUCCGCGUGAGUGCAUCAAAGGUGGGCGUAUUUCAACCUGCUGCGCUCCUCUCUCAUGACACGUGGAUGAUAAAUUAUGUUGCUGCGCGUGCUCUCGAGCUGAGGCGCAAAGUGCUGGACCCGGGGCUUUGCUUUUGGGUCAGCAACCCAGAGAGGACUGCAGGGGUGAGACCAGCCCCUGUGCUUGAGUGACAAACCGUCGCUCGGGUCUGAGCCGUGAAGCAGUGAGCCGCUGACCGAGGAGCGCAAGGACAGUCUGAAAACUUAAAGGCGCUGUCCAUGGCGUCUCCUCAAAGCGCGAGGGCAUCCACGAGCCUGCUGUGAGCGUCAUCUUUUCCCAUUUGUACCGCGACCUGUUCAUACCUGAGCUCUCGUGCGAGCCCGGGAAUAAUGGAAGAUUUGCUCGGACGUCAGCGCGAGGACAGGGAUGAAGGACUUGUGGAUUUAACGCCUCAAUGAAGAAAACAGCGCGACAAAAUGUUUAUGAAGACAACAUUUGAUAUCUACUUUCACUGGUUAUCGAUUCAUUGACCAGCUCGAGCCAGAUUUAAGACGCAACCAUCCUUUCAUCCAUUCAUGAGAGGAAUUUCAACAUGUUGUGAAAAAUGAACCGCUGUGAAUUAGCUGCCCUUCAAGCAUAGGAGACCUGCGUUCAAAGCCGAGAUAAGCAAACAUACCCACCGAGACAUGGCUCGUCUGCUUGUGUUGGUCAACUCCGCCGUCCUGUUGCUUUUGGGCAGCGACAUGUUCUUGGUAGGAGCAAGUAAGUAUUCAGUCUCUACAGCAGAGGAGUCAUAUCAAUUACGGUGCACUUUGUAGCCUUGUAAAAUGCGCCAUUACAUGCACCUUACAAAGUAUUACCAAACGUCAAGUUUAACGACCUUCUUUUAUUUUAUUCUGCAGCCGAUGAUGCACUAAUUCAGCCUUUCUCACACAGCUGUCUUCACCCUAUACCACCCGUUUAACCAGAAACUGAACAUUUUACAGACGUGCUCAGGGGAACGGGUUCUUGAAGCCUAUACCUGUCCCUCUGAAAUGAUUUAUAAAACAUGAAGUCUCCCUUUAAGGUCGCUUUUGUUUUGCAAUCCAUAUUUAUCAGCUUUGCAUUUCCUAAAUGACAUAUGACAUUGGAUAUAAAAGUGUUUAUCUUCAGAGAGAGGGGAUGUGAAUCUGUGGCUACUUUCAGCCUUUCCUUAUUGUACCUGCUCACUUGGAUGACACUUUCUCUAAAUCUUUCAUGACUUGAGAAAAGGCUGAUUCAUUUUUAAAUCAUGCCAUUACUGGGGAAGUCACCUCUCUGAGAAGGUUGCAAAGCCACAAUGCUUUCAAUGUGGGUGAAUUGUCAAAUUACAAAAACACCUAUUACUGGUAUUUUUGUUUGCUUUAUUCAAACCCAGUGUCCGCCUUUUACAUCUUCUGUUUCUCCUGCAUUUGCCUCUCUUUGUGUGCCUCUACAGUAUCUCCCUGUCUUCAUCUACCUGUCUCCCCCCAUCACUUCCUCCUUCGCCUCUCAAGGGGACUGACUCCUACAUGCGAUAGCGCCUUGAGACAAUCAGAUUGGCACCUCUGUGUUUCUCUCAGUGUGUGUGUCUGCCUGAUACAAAUAUCCAGGGCUUUCACUGUGCAUCUCGUUUCUCUGUGGAGUUCUGAAACACAGGCUGUCAGGAGCUGGAAAAAGCUCCUAUUAAAUUGAGGAUCAGAAACAUUAAGUGGAUUUUUGCAAGUGCGCUUCAAAGUAAAAAUAAAGUCGACUUCAUUACUGCCUGCCCUUUGCAUGUUAGGAGACUGUGGGAUUUGCUGUGACACGUCAUUCAGAGGACGGCUUAAAUUAAUUGUGAGCCUCUUUGCUCCCCAUAGAGUCUGUCCAUGAAAAUUUCAUUCAACAAAUUUGGGAAAGGAAUAAAAUUUGCCUAAAUCUGUCACAGGAUGAUGCCAUCCUCCAAAGUCACACAGCAGACACUCACAGAGAGGAUAUUCCUCUAUCUAGGCUGACACUCGAGUGUUGGUUUCCAUAUUUACACAGUCUGGAAAACAAGCAAGCCAGAAAACUAAUCCCACAUAAGGCCCCAGCCAGAGCUUUAAGCACUGAGCAAACAUGAAUUAAAAUGAAUUGGAUUUAUUUGGAGCGUCAGCCUCAUAUCAUUCUUUAAAUUGGCAAUCUGCUGUUCAUAAACCUGCUGACACAUUCUUGACAAAUAAAUGCUCCCUGUUAGAGCCGAAUCCAUCACAGUGAUGGACGAUAUUUGCUCAGGUUGUCCUAAUCCCAUCUGCUGUCGGAUUGCAGACAUUUAACAAACAGUUCAGGAGAGAUAAAAGAUUUUGUUUAAUCCCAGAUUGUACUGUUUAUGAGUGUUUUGAGAGCCCUGGUGCUUGUUAAGCGUCAAGCCCAAAAUAACCAAAGCCUGCAGACUUAUUAAGGCCAUAAAUUCUGAUUUGAACCAUAUAUCUGCUCAUGCUGUAUGCAAACAUUUUUUAAGGCUUGAAGAUGAAGUAGAGUUACCUUGCAGCUGAAAGCUUCAGAGUUUAGCCUGUGACUGCAUUAACUUUAGACUGGCACCUGCUCCCAUAUGGUUGGACUGUCACCUCACAGCCUCUGAGCCAGCGAGAGAGAAGAUGGAGUGUACCUAAAAGAGGAGACAGUAAGUGUCCUUACUGUAAAUGUACAGGAAAAUGCUGAGGCCUCAAACACACGCCUGACUGGACAAGCUUGUUCAUCUGUUUCCAUCUAAAGCCACUUCAUGGGGUUGACAAACAGCCUCUCCUCCCACAUGGCAUCAAAUUUGAAAGAGAGGCCAGAUGUCAGGAGGGGUAGUGUUUGAUGAUUGAACAAGAAGAUGGUCUUCAAAGGUAAUACAGAGGCAGGCUGAGUUUAACCAGCGGGGCAGUGCUUAAGAGCUCAACUAGCUGGUGAUUUGCAACACGGGGGCCUGUGAGGAGCCGUGUGACAAACAGUCACACUGCUGUGUGUGCAGAGGAGAACAUUUACACCCAGAUAAAGCUGGUUAAAGACCAACUGAGCAAUGAAUCAAAAUUCAAGGCACCUGUUAAAUUCGAUUUCCUUUAUUUAUGAGAUGAUGGUGAAUAUAUUAUCUCACCAGAAAGCAAGGCUUUAUUAGAAUCUCAACAGGAUUAUAGUAUAAGCAGCACUUCAAACCGUCACUGAAUUAAAGGAAAAAAUAUGAUCAAUAACAGGAUGGGUCAACAACCUUCAUAAACCCUUACUGUUCUGUUUUUUCAAUGCGAUCCAAGCCAGAUGAAUUAUGCAACCAAGGACUUUUAUUAUGUUGUCAAUAAACUUGUCAGGCAGCACUUAUUCAUGCCCAACUUGAUGUUGGUCAAAUUAAAUUGUAAUAAUCUUUACCUUCAUUUUGACCAAGUUCACUUUGUCACAGUGCAUGAGCUUCAAAACCGCAUUUAUCAUUGCUGUCAUGGAAAAUCAUUUCAGAGUGAGAUUGGAGCUCAAAGAAGCUCAAAGAAUAUGAAGGAAGAAGUAAGUUUGUGAACUGUUGGUACAGCUGUGGUAAAAAUGUGCACAUUUAGCUGACUGCAUGAUUGAACAUUAUCAUAAUGGUUAGUUGGCACCAGAGUUCCUGGUCUGUUAAUGUUUUUGUUAUUAUUAGGUCUAAAACGGUGGUCAAAUUUUGUGUCUCAGCUGAAGUACACCCACCUGCCAGUACUAAUUAGCUCCUGCCAUAAUGCUAAAAUGUUCAACAACUCCGAUGUGAACAAGCACAGAUGACAUCUUGUGGCGUAGUGUAGUUUGGCACUUUUCCAAUCUAGAAAAUGAAGACUGAGCUAAAUGCAUGCUGUGUCUGGUAAAAUCAACAUGUAAUCACCCGAACACUCAUCAGUAGAUGUUUACUUGCAAGGAGGUCUAAAGGCAAGUGGUGCUAGCUCUGCUGAUGUUAACCACUCUGCAAACCAACUUCUUAUAUCUUUGCUACAGAAUCUGUGAUUUUGUGAUCAGCUAUGUCAGAUACAUAAUGAUCAAUUUUGACUUUUUUUCUUGGUGUUUUCUCACCUGCAGACUAAAGGUCCUUUCACACUGGGACCGUUUUUAUCGUGCGAUUAUUUCGGACAUCAAUAUUUUUUUUCGAACCUGUAUCCUGUCAAUACAAGCAUUCACAUAAGCAACGUUUUCCUGUCCUGUGAUAUUGCGGCAUUUAUUUUUUCAUAUCAUGGUCAAUUUUUCUAAAGUUUCGUAUUCUGUGUGUCCACUUCUGACCAAUCAAAUUGCGUGUUGUUGCAACAUCUGAUUCACUGGUAUAUUCAACAUGGCCGACCGGCUGAUUGUUUACGUGUCAGAGAACAGAGUGCUUUUUGAUAAAAAAAACACAAAUAUUACAAAGAUAACAAGCUGAAGGACAACUUGUGGAAUAAUAGUGUCUGAUUUCUCAUAUGACGAUAGUUUGUGUGCUUUAACAGUUUGCUAAACGUCUUUGUUUUAACUUUCAUCUGUGCUAACGUAACUUUAGCUCGUAAGCUAACCUGUUCAGAUACAACAUACCAUAUGUAUUUUCACUGUCUCAAAUUUUACCGCGUUGUUGUCACAGCACCAUAAGGUCUCGGUUAUUACCUUAUGUUGAUGGAUUAUGGUUUAAUGUGCUUAUCUGGUACUGGUCCCGACUCAGUACAUGCUAUCAUGACAGACAGCCAUCUCAAGACUAGUGUCUAAUCAGAACUAAAAAAACUGUCAGUCUGGUGUUGUCAGUCUUCUUGCUUCCACCUGGGACGCAUCUUUUUUCCCCUCAGAAAGUCGCAAAAUCGCAUCGGGCUUGAUGUGUAUAGUCAGGCACUUCAAGAUUCACCUCAGAAUAUUUCGUAAUUUUGCGUUGUAUAUUAAGGACCUUUAAACUCUCUUUUAAAUGAGUGAGAAAUGAUUAAUUUUGAAAAAAACCCAAAUUGUUGUUUUGUCAGUUUUCCAUUUUAAAAAAAUAGAGAAGUAUAAUGCGUUCUUGGCCACCAAAACUCAAGAUUUUCACAAAUAUUGAUGUGUUUUAUGAGCCUUUAAGUUAAAACAAGCUCUUAGUGAUUUCCCACUAAUCACCAACUGGGAUUGAUGUUAAAAUGUGGCUAAAACCAGGGAGAGAUCAGGUCAGGACACCUGAGACCUACAUUUUUCAAGCUGGCUAAAAUACAGUGACAAAAUCAAGUGUCAGAAAACACUGUCUUGUUGCAGUUGUUUUAAUGGCAGAAAUUUACUAGUUGCUUGAGAAAAGAGUCGUGCUGUCAUGUGGAAGAUUCUGGGAUCAACACCUGGCCCCCAGCUGAAGUUUUUCAUCGGUGGCUGUGAUGCACUGUAGCCUAAUAUGUCUGUUUUAUCCACAAAACACAUGACUUAAAUGAAAUACAAAUUUCCUUAUAUGAAUGUGAAUGUGCAAUGAAUCUUAUGAAUCUUGUCGUCCUGGUAAAGUUAAGUCUUGACAUAGACAUUUAAUCCAUGCCUUCAAACAGGUGCUGAGAUAUGUUCAUUUUUUGCGUCAGUUUUCAUCGUCUCUCCAACGAUGGUCAUGCUAAGAUUUUAGGAUUGAGUGUGUUGAAUUUGCUGGUGGAUUCUGUCAUUGUAUAACCCACACUGAGGCAUAAAAAAUGAACACAAAAUGACGGCUGCAUUAACUUUGCAUUACAUUCAAAUCUGCUCAUUGCUUUUUUUUUCAGGCAAUCAAACUAAACACAGUAUUUGCCUCCAGAAAUACUAAAAUGGAAAAGCUAUGUCACCUGUCAAAUUAUGCCCUUAGUAAAUCUGACUGGGGAUGUAAUUUCCAAUUUUCUUUACACGUCUCAGAUUUCUAUUUCAGUUUAAUCAAUGUGUCACGGUUAUCUAAGGUGGUCUUCAGUGAUGAAGCACAGAUUUUAUUGUAUGACCAUAAAAUCUCCACCAAUAAAUCUCUGCCCUGAUGCUGUACAGUAUAAGCAACCAUAAAGACAAACCAGGCGUAAAUCAGGACAAGUCAUACAAAUGUGCCUCGCAAGCAAAUAUAGAGGACGAAAGUUAAGAUGCUGUGUCCGUCCGUCACUCUGGCAAAUUCAAACUGGGCUCAUUUCCACGUGGCUCGUCAGCCAUUCAGACACCCUCCCGCACUUUCACUAUCUCUGUGUGCACUCAGGUUUGAUGGGGAGUAGCUAAUGCACGGGGCUUUGGCUUUACGCUAUGAUUCAUCCUGGCAGCGCGCCCACAUCCCAGGAGGGUCUUACCAUUUGUUUGCACUGACACACGCCUCGGACACCGUGACCUAUUGCUGUUUGGUUUGACAUCUUACGCAACCCGUUCGGUGUAGUAAGGCUCACUCAGGACAUGUGGCCAACAACAAAUAUUGAAGCAUCCACAAUGACACCGUCUGCUGUAGAGAGGAAAGUCAAACAAACUGGAAGCAAACAUUUUAGAGUUCAGGAUUGGGUCAGUGCCAUAAUCAAAAUAUUUUCAUUGGGGAAAUCAUAUAAGCUGUUGUCUUUUUAUAAGACAUCACUGGGGAAAAAAAGACAGAUCUGUGGCCCAUAAUCUGUAAGAAUAUCACAACAUAUAGCUAAAAUAGCUGCAAAAGAGAUGACACUGAAAAUAUCUUGAAUUAAGGUGAAGAUAUUGAAAUGAAAUUAAGUAUCAAGUAUCUUGAUAAUAAAUAAUGAAUAAUGAGAAAAUAUCACAAAUAACAAAAAUGACUGAGAUUUUAAGAUUAUCAUCCAAUAUCUAAAAAUCUUUUCAAAUAUAAAAAUAUUGAAAAAAGUUAAUAAUUAUAAAGACCAAGUAAUCAAGAAAAUAUACAAUAAACAACUAUCUUAAACUAACUGAAGUAUCUGUAAAUCACUGUGAAUAAAUAAAGAUUCCUAAAGGCACAGUGUGUAGAAAUGGGAAUAUUUAACUAUAUCUGUUUGCGAUUAGACUAAAAAUUAAAACUAUGAAGUGAAGUAAAGCAAUGGUGGCCUCAGAGGACAAAAUCCUACUGUUAUGCAUCAUGUGCAUCAUUCAGGUUUUUACAGUCAAAAAUGUCUCCCUAAGUUUAUUUUUUGUCACCGUACAACAGCUAAUCUCUUCUUCUUACAGUCAGUGCAUUUGGAGCAGCCUCUCACUAAAUAAAUUUAAAAAACACAUUUACCACUGUUUUGUCUGUUUUAUGCUGCAGUAAAAAACGAGGCCAUGCAAGAAGGGGGCCUCUACAGAAGGUUACUGUCUCUUAUGCAGAUGAAAAAGGUUUAAUAUAAGUUGACAAAAACAAAAAUGUUUUAUUAAUUUGUAAUAUUUGGGCAUUUUUGCUUUUGUCUGAGAGGAUCUCUGAAGACAGAGGAAAUAUGGGAAGCAGGGGGUGGGGAAAAGAGGGUUGUGGUUGGACAUCAAACCAGUAUCUGCCAUGACAAGGACAACGGCCUCUGUAAAUGGGGCACAUUUGGCGUUCCAGCAGAAGAGUUUUUAUAACCAGGCGAUUACCCCCUGAUUUGAACACUCUCAUUAGCAUCAUAUGUCACCCAUAUUAAUUCAUACGUAUAUUUAUGUAUUGAAUUUCCCUCUGGGGAUCAAUGAAGUUCUUCUUACCUGACCUUACCUUAUUUCAUUUCCAGUCUGUUCUGCUCAAUGCAGCGAAAUCCUACACACUGUACCUUUAAGAGAUAAAGAAUCUCAUAAAAGUAAGAGAAAAAAUCCUUAAAUGACAUAAAUAUAACCCCAAAUCCAUGAAAAAUUACAAAACGCUAUAUUUGAAUGUAUAUGGAAAUAUCUCAUUUUUGAAAAAACAAAAAAAUGUUAUAAUAGUUUAAAUUUCUUCUCUGAGCAUAUUCAACCUGGUAGAAAUAUCCUGAAAUCAUUCAAAAAAAGCUGAAAGGGGGGAAAUAAUCUAGAAAAUAACACAAAAAAUUCUUCACAUUGAGAGAAAAGCUGUUGAAAAAAAUAGAAAAUACCUUAAAAAAUCAUUUUUCAAAUGAAAAACCUAUCUUAUGUGAAGUUCCCUGUAAAAUGCUCUUGAUACAGUAUGAUCCCUUCUUUCUCUUAGAGGCAGCAGAAUACAUCUGUACAAACUCAUUCUCCUUCAAAGUGGAAAUGAACUUGUCCUGUUAGACCCCUUGAAUAGAAACAAUACACAGAAAGCAGGUACUUAUACAUUACUGAUGAUUCAUGACCUGCUCCAGCUGAAGUGUCACUUCCUCCAUCGCCACUAAAUGACCUGCAGACGAUGCAUCAUGGUUACUGGCUGAUUCUCUGCCCAUGCGUGUCUGCCUGUAACCCCCAUUACCUAAAGGACAAUGAGCUGCAAGAGAAAUGAAGGUGUCCUGUCUUAGAUAAAUGUUGCACCUGAUUCAGCAGCGUGUGUGCGAACCAAACAACAGGGGCUGACAGCAAUCUGGACUUGAUAGUGUUUGCCUGAUGACGAGUCAGAUUCAUCCUUACAAAACAAAUGAAUAUGUGAGUUAUUUUUGGCUAAGCGUUUAUUUAUUUAGAGAUGAUGCAGCUGCAGGAAUCAAAUCUUCUUCUGUGGCUCUUGGAAAUUCAAUUUGGGGAGAUUUAUAAUGAGAUAUUCAGAUAAAAAAAUGUAAUCCUUCUGUAUUCUUCAUCCGAGGACUCGUUUAGGGGAUGAAGCUUUGUUAAAUAUCAGCCAAUUAGUGGCCCAGCAUGUUGUGAUACUGAUAAGACAUUCAAUUAAAGUCCAUUAGCAUAAAUAUCAAAGGUUCCUGACUCAAUAUUAGCAGUCUCUUCGACAUGGCCCAGGCAGAAGGACACAGAAACCAUUAUUGUAAGUAUAGGUUUGAUUUAUUUCCCAGCAGCUCUCCAAAGAUCAAGGACGAAAUCUACGAUAUGUGACCUGGCCCCGCUCUUAACCUGCUGUACAUCUAUCUUUACAUGUUAGAGCACCCGCGCCUAUAAAAGGCUCCUUAUUAGAUGGGUAAAAUGAGACAGCCGAGCCUUUUCACCUCUUUAUACCAGCAUGUCCAACAACCAAGCCCACCUUUCUCUACGCUCAACAUCAAUUCCUGGCUUGGUGUUAGCAUGCACUCUGGUUCAUCUCAUUCACUCUCCUCCACAAACCAAUCUGUUAGUGAGACAGAGCACCAUGCCUGUGCUUGACCUCGACCCUUUGGAAGAUUAUAGUACCACCACAGCGAAAGGAAAGAGAGAAAUAACCUUGAGUGACCAAGGGGUCUUAAGAUCUGCCUCAAUGCCACAUUUUGCUCUUGACGUGAAGGCCAACACUGAUUGUUUCUGAGAUUAAAGAGGCAGAAGUAGCUACAAGGAGUGAAGAGAGAGUAAAAAGGAGAGACAGAGAGAUAAAAGGGUAGAGACAAGGAGGAGGAGGGGGUGAUACAGAAAAUGGCAAAUCCUUUGAAAUAGCUCCCAAAUUCAUCAUUUUGUCUUUCAUCUCUCUCUCACAAGAGCAAUUUUUGGAUGAAAUAUUAUCCUUGUGCAGCACAGGCCUUUGGCUGUCAUCUGAAGACGACUGUGUUACGGCUUAGUUCAUCCGUGCCUUGUGAGUUAAUAAAAGUGUUUGAGGUACAAAUUGACUAUAAUGUUGUCAAUUAGUUCUUGCAGUGAACUUAAACAGGAAGCAGUAACUAGAAAUCGUUAGGUAGCAUUCAGGGAAAGAGCAUGUUUGUCCUUCUACUUAUUGAAGAAACUAUACUUUUUAUCGCCACCCUCUUGACCCGCCUUACAUUGCUUCUGUGACUUUCAGUGACAGCAUACAAAGUCCAUUAGACCAGCGAUAACGACAAAAGCCCUGAGGAUGGCCUCCAGGUCCCAUCUGCCAGGACAAUCCCAUCUCACCUUUUCAUCUGGACAGAGCGAUUGCUUCAGAGAGACAGCAGAGCCGCCCAGGACCCCCUAUUAGAUCUGUCACCCUCUUUUUUCUCUCUCAGCUUUUGCUUCCCAAGCUUUUGUCUCCACUUUGCAAUCAACAUGUCCACCAGUAACCGAAUCAUGAUAGAUGACUGCAGAGUGACAGAGCGAAGAGAUGUAAGCCUGUCAGAGUGAGGAGGACAAGAAAUAGACAGUGUGGUGGCUUUUGAAGGAGCAGACUGUCAGGUUGGAGAUGAGACUGUUCACGAAGGAGAGGAAAUCUGAAACAAAUUUAUUUGUGAUUUAGAAUUAAAAUGCAAGAAGCAAGGCUGCAACUAACAACCAUUUGGAUAGUUAUUCAGGGUCUGUCUGCAAAACAAACUGCAAAUAAACUGUUUAAGUGAAUGUCUCAAUUCACAUCCUGUUCAGCUUACCGUUUAAAACUUUCACCCCAUAUUCAGAGGCUGAAGUCCUUGAAGCAGGAUGCCUGCAUGGUAGGGCUGCACGAUUUUAGCCAAAAAUAAAAACACGAUUUUUUUCUCUGAAAACUUGAUGUUUGAUAUCGAUUUUUUUUAUUCAGUGACGACUUCACCAAACAAACAAAAAGUUCUUCUAUCAUCUCCCAAAACAAAACCACUAAAACACAAUGCAGUGCACAUGCCAAGCCAGUGUGUUGUGCUGUAACGUUGCUGAGGUAAUGCACAAAAGACAGAAGAAGAGUACAGAGCAUGCGUAUAAAUGUUAUUUUGGCCGGACACACCUAUGCGCCAUAAAAGAGUUGAGAUGAGAGAUGCAGACAGAAAUCCACACAGAGAUGAAAUGGUAGUGAUUUAAGGAUUUAUGCACUCUCAUACCUGUUUUCAAAAAGUACUGUUUACAGUCACCCGAAACGCCGUUUCCAUGUGGUUGAAACACCGCUACGACUAAAAACUUUUGCGCUUAUUCCUGAAUUCGUUUCCGUGUGGACAAGUUGAUAUCACCUUCAGAUAGACUUUGCAGCGGGGAAUGGUUUGCUCUUCAUCCGAAACUGCAAAACUACCAAUUCCACACCACUGACUUGCUCUUGCCCUAUUUAUCCACAAAAUUUUCGCCUUCUUCUGCAAAUGCCAUGUUUGUUUACUCUGGUGUGUGGGAACUGGGGAGCACUCCCGCAGGAAGGGGGGGGCCUACGAUGGCCUGGGGAUGCGAGACUUGAUAGAGAGGAAAAUCGAUUUGACGAUUUAAUUUUUUGACAUCGUAAUAAAUAAAUCUGAUCACGAUUUAAAAUCGUGCAGCCCUACUGCAUGGCAUUUCCCACAGCCCUACGCUGGGAAAAAAUGCAUAACCCCCCUAAAAAUAAACUUAAAAAGACAAAAACCUCUUUACUCUUGCAGUUCACAGUUAGUGGGGGAAUUUAAGAAGUAUGAGGAUGCAUCAGCUCCAGUCAUUUUCUCAGGUUUUGUUUACCAGUGCCUGACUGAUCUUUGUUUUGCAUGUGCAGCUUUCAGCAGAGGUAGAAAGGGUGCACAGUUUCUCACUCUGCAGCAGCUCAGCUCUCGAAAACAGUGUUACAUCUGCUCAAAUCUUGACAAAAAUGCCAAUUAAUUAUCAACAGUUUUAGUUGAUGGCAACUAAUUCCAUCACUAGCUUUUGUUGACAUAGUCGGAGAAUCUUUGCACAUCCACGAGACAAGCAAACAUUACUUAAUAACUCUAAUAAUUAACCUCCUUCUAAACUGUCCAAAUAUGUUUUCCUCCCUCUGAACUCCAAACCCACAACCCUGUUUGCACAAAAAUGUGUUUAAAUAUUACCAUCCCUUAGUUUAAUGAAUCCAUUAGCAAUGGGUGAUGGAAAGUAAUUAAAGCCACGCUCCUGAGGUCGUGUGAUUUGGCUGUUGAGAUUACAAGCUAGUGCCUUAUUUCACUGGAGACGGUGGAUCAGAAAACUGAUAAAGAGAAGAUUAGGCAUGUACAAGCACAAAAUAAAAGAAACAACCACAACAGUCUGCUAUAAAACUGCAGGAAUGUGAACAAGCUGUUCCACACUAGCUGUACUCAAAUCUUCACUGUGCCAAAACUUCCCCAUCCAAAAUCCAACCUGACUGUUUUCUUCACUUUUAAUCCAAACUUUACAGCUGUGAUGUGUUCAGAGUGUCAACAGUAUGCUUAAGCCUGUCGAGGUGGAGACAGAUGGUUGUGGUUAAUCUAAAAUCCAGAGAAACAGGCAAACUGACAAACCCCUCUCUGUUUGUUCCCUCCCUUUCAGAUCGCCCACCAGCACCUGUCAAUGUCUCCGUCAUGCACCUUCGUGCCGACUCUGCGACAGUAUCCUGGGAGGUUCCAGAGGGAGAUAUAAUCAUCGGCUUCUCGAUCUCACAACAGGUAAAUCCUUAACUCCCACUGCAAAUCACAGGGACUGUGGAAAGUUUUUAGGUUACAGUUUUAAAAACCCUUUUAACCAGCAGUCCUAAGAGGUUUGGAGAACAACCAGAGCUCAGAAGCUUGAAUUUGUGGUACUUGAGUGAACCAUGCUGUUUCUUCUGGAGCCUUUGGGUGCAGCAAAGAAAGUUCUCACACAGAGAAUAAAAGGCGAACAGACAAAUGAUGAAUAUUAUUGAAUAAAGUGGGGCUGAACAGAUGAAAAAAAUAGUUUUUGCAUGCUUCGUCUGUUCAGCCUGAAGGUUCAAUGGCUUAUGUUUGUUUUUCACCACGACAGAGAAGAAAGGGUUUGUGGGAAAGUAACUCCAGCUUGUAGCUCAAUACAUUUGCACCUGUAUCUCACUGUGUGACUUAAACCUAAACUUUACUGCCUCGUAUUGUGACGAAAAAAAAGUUAUACAAAUACCAAACUAUGAGGCUAAAAGACAAACUUAAGAAAGUAGCAACUCAUACAAUCACUAAACAUAUCUGUAAUGUGAUAGAUAGUACAUGCCAAAAACUAUAGGAUACUGUUGUCCAAAAGUCAUUUUUGGUUACCCUUGAUUAUGCGUAGCCCCACUUUGACUGGUUCUGUAGAGGUUCUGAAUAAGGACUUGGUCCAAUUUGAUUUGACAGCAAAAUUUCCCUUACUUUAUUUCCCCCCCAAAAAUAAAAUGACAAAUCUGAAACUGUUCGAAACAAUACGCAGACUCUAGUUGAGUCUUAGUAUUAAGGUUUUGCAUGAGGUCCACUUUGUCCAAAGUGGUUUAGAGGUAAAUGAAACAGAUCUAAAUUUCAGUGGGUUCUUAUCUGGUUAAAUAAGGGUUAAUUUAAUUAAUCAAAUAAUAAAAUGUGAAAUGUCCCUCUUUUGCAUUCUCAAAAAUAGAUUGUACAGUUUUAUAAUGCUGUAAGAAGUUUGCGCACAGCCAAAAGGCUUUUGAAAAAUUAAAAACACAUCCAGAACAGUAAGAGAUGAAAAAGAUGGAGAAUUACACUCUUCUCAGUUUAAUCAGAUGCUCUAAAUCAGUAGCUAACUAUGGUGCUGAGAGAAUAUUAAAUUUAUGAUGUAAAUGAAACAGAUCUAAAUUCCAAUGGGUUCUUAUUUGGUUAAAUAAGGGUUAAUUAAAUAAUUAAAAAAAUAAUAAUAAAAUGUGAAAUUUCCCUCUUUUGCAUUCUCAAAAAUAGAUUGUACAGUUUUAUAUGCUGUAAGAAGUUUGCACACAGCCAAAAGGCUUUUGAAAAUUUAAAAAAUCAGGAAGAGAUGAAAAAGAUGGAGCAUUACACUCUUCUCAGUUUAAUCAGAUGCUGUAAAUCAGUAGCUAACUAUGGUGCUGAGAGAAUAUCAAAUUUGUGAUGUGAUGACAGCCCGGAUGGAUUCAUUUGCAACAUAUUUGCACAAAAGCAUAAAUAUCUAAUGGAGCACAUCUGAAAAAUAGUCGCCUGUGGGGAAAGUUGUAACCCACUCUUGGCACAUUUGCUUUUAUAUAUGACAAAAACUCUGACUAUCAGACAGGUGUAGUGGUGCUUAAGAGCAUGCCUUUAAUUUACAAGCCACCAGAUGUCAUUCCCAAAUUUAAAUAAAGCCAUAAUCCUUCAACAGGCUUGAUCUGCCCAUUGCUAGAACAAAAAUAACUACAACAACCCAGUAAAAUGAUGAGCAUAGCUUUACUGUUUGAUACCAUUAAAAAACACUUUUUUUGUAUUCGGAAAAAAAGUAAUAAUGCAAAAUAAGAAGAAAACUUUCAUGAGGAGAGGGUCCAAAGUCAGGUGAGUGAAAUGACAUUAAGAUCAAACAAAAGUUUAAAACACAGUCUUAGCAACAUUUUCUAAGCUCUAGGGAGUAAUUCAUGACAAGUUUUCAGUUAACAUGAGAAUACCAAAGUCCCACCCUGUAAAAUCCUCAUGGGUCUGUGUAUUUGGUGGCCAACUGAUUUUUGUUUCCAGAUGAAAAAACAAAAAUGAGGAGAAAGUUGUCUCCUGAAGAUCAGUAAGUAAUCGGGAGACGAAAAACGGAAAACAAACAAUUUUCCAUCUUUCCUUUUGAUAAAAAAAAAAUCAGAGAAUAAAAAAAAACAACUUGGUAUUUGAAUUUCUGUGAUGUGUCGUUAAAUGGAAAUCUAGGAUCAAAAUACGUGCAUGAAAAUCUUGUGUUUCAAGUUUCAUUCACUUUUUUGUUGUGACCCGGAAGUUGUGACUUGGAGCGAGACUUUGGCUCUCGUAAGCACAGAUUUAUAUAGAAGACUAGAUACACAACUGCGCUGUAGCAGCAAGCUUAGCGAUGUGCUUAUGUGGCAGCCAUCUUGGCGGGGCAAUGUUCUCGCUCCAAAGUCUCACUACAAGUCACAACUUCCGGGACACAAUAAAAAAAGUGAAUGAAACUUGAAACACAAAAUUUCUGCAUGUAUUUUGAUCUCCGAUUUCCAUUUAAAGCCACAUCACAGAAAGACAAAUACUGGGUGGGUUUUUUUUUCAUUUUCCGAUUUUAUGAUCAAAACGAAAAACGUUUUCUUUGCCAUUUUUCACCACCUGAUUCCUUAUUGGUCGUCGGGAGACAGCUCAUCUCCCCAUUUUUGUUUUUUUUUUUCAUUUGAAAACGAAAAUCCAUUAGUUGCCAAGUACACGGACCCUCAUUGCCAACACCUGGCUGAGCAAAAGGUAGUCAAGUGCUGAGAGAAAACAACGACCAGGAAACAAAGCAAACAAGCAAACUGGCACUUUGAUAAUCAUGUAUACUAAAAGGAAGAUUUGUUUUCACUGUUGAAGAUGUCGAACACCUCCUCAAUCAAAUACCCCACAAACUUUUUCGAGGCUGAUGGGGACAAACGGUCAGCUGGACAAAAAUAGAAAAUCACAUCAGUGUUAUUUUUGGCCAAAGCCAUUUGUGGUUUGGCAUUGGGCCUCCAGGAUGACCUGUUCAGUUUCUGUUGGCUCUCCGUCCAGCCGGUCAUCAGGAUGAAGAAGUGCGCCCAAAAUUAAUUCCCUACCACUUAACUGAGCGUCACCUUUGAACAUAAUGGGAUAAAACAUCAAUUUUUCUGACACUGUAAUGAGAAUAUUUCAUGACAGUAGUUCUUGGAGUUCACUUUGUGGUAGCUCAGCAGAUACAGCACCACAGAUACCAUAAACAUCGGGUUUGUCCAGAGUACUGAGUGAGCAGUGGGUCUGGAUGAUAUUAGAAAAAGUGUUGCUAAAAGCUAGCUUGAGCAAAAGCAUUCAAAGUGAAAAGAAACCAUCUGAUACUUUUCUUAUCCAGCACAAUAAAUCCAGACGUUUGUGUUUUGUUUGCGUCUGUCGCAACAUAAAACUGGGAUUGAAGCCUUGGGAAGUAGUAGCACAUGCACAACAAACCCUGGCAGGAAAAAAAAGAUGUAUAUUCCCUUUAAUCUUUGCUUAAUAUGCAGAGACAUUGACUAAAUCUUGUCGUCAAGCCUGAAGUCAGAAUUAAAGCUGGCAUGGACAAUUUGUCGUGAAAAAACUAGGAUACUGCAGGAAUUGGCUCCACAUAAGCAUGCCGAGCUGCCAAAAUCAUUCUUUGGAUGAAAAGAUUUCAAAGGCUUAAAAUAGGGGAGCCAUUGAAAGCUAAACCUAACUGACAAGGUGCCAUAUGCUGCUGUAAUCAUGUUUAUGCUUUCUGCAUCUCCAAACAUAGUGCAGCCAUUUAACUCUGCUUUUCACUCAAAGUGGCAGGAUGGCUGUAAAACACCCAAAGGUCUCUCCUCAGGGCUCUUCAUCAUGUUACGCAACUAAAUUUGAACAUAAAUGGUGAUUACCCUGAGUGGAUACAGCUGUUCAAUCAUUACGUUGUUCAUUGUUUACAAAGAGUUAUAAGCUUGUCUUUUUUUUAAGCACGCCAUCAGUCAGGCAGGGCCGUAAAAGCACAUAGGAGGACGACAUCUGGCCCAGAGCCAUAUCAAAUGUAGACAGUCUGUGGAGCGCUCUGAGAGACCGGCUCUGCAUGCAAGAAGAAAAAAAAGAAUAAUUUCCACUCUUCUUUGCUUCAAUAACACUGUGAAAGUCAAAACCAAAGAAUGAGACUAUGAAAGCUUCUGUCUCUGCGCUCGCAGUCUUAAAUUAAUCAAGAAAAAUUGACUCCACAACUUUUCAAUUUCAAGUCUGGACUCCAUAUGGUGAAAAUGAAGUGCCAACUGUUAACAUAAUCAAGUCCUCAGCACGCCGCUUCCAAGCACCUUGAAUAUGUUUUGGUUGGUCACCUCUGUCUGAUUGUUUUUCUGUUUUUUUAUGAUGUUUGAGGCGGAAACCUUAAAGACAUAUCAAACCGGGAAGAUGAAAUUCCUUGAGUCAAGAAAUAAGGCUUUAAAAAGAGGAGAGUGUCCUUCUUAAGGGCACAUUUACAAGCCUGGUAUUGCUGUGUAGCCACCAUUAUCACCCCUUUUACCCACUGUAUUGAUUAUAACGUUAUUCAUCGACUUGUUUAUCUAAUUAAAAGAUCCAUUCUGUUGUUUUCUGUCCCUCUUCUAAUCCCCAGAGGCAGGACGGACACAUGCAGCGAUUCAUUCGAGAAGUAAACACCACCAGCCGCUCAUGUGUCCUCUGGGACCUGGAGGAGGAGACAGACUACAUCAUCCAGGUCCAGUCGAUCGGCCUCUACGGGGAAAGCCAAGCCAGCAAGAAGGUCCAUUUUCGCACUCUCAAGAAGACAGACCGCUUCCCCUCCAACAGCUCCAACCAAGGUAAUCUGCUCUGAGAUUUCCUGUUGGGAACUGUAACUGUGGCUUUGGCUGAUGAAAAAAACACAAGUCAGACUGUUAAGAUAGAAUGGAAGUGUUAAAGAGGAAUUAGCAAACAUGCAUUGAAAGAUUUGUUGGUAUAAUAGGGGAAAAAAACCUUAUGGAUCUGAUUUAAAUUGAUUGACACAAACUUAUACAGACCCCUUGCUGCAAGACAGAGUUAAGUAGCAUGACUCAAAGCCACCUGUUUGCAGGUAGUAGAUCCGUCUGUAUAACCAUGACAAAUGUCUCUCUGGAAAUACUAACAUAGCUACACAAAAACUACACUUUCUGGACCAUCACAGUCUCAGCAGACUGUUUCUUGACUUUGUCCUAAUAAAAACCAUUAUACAAAGCAUAAUGCAGGAAACAUUGCUUAUGGUGCAGGUAUAUUGCUUGGGGUGAUAUAUAGAAACAGUUAUUAUUAGCAGUCUGUCUAGGAGACUGCAAUUUCAGUUCAUGAUUCCCAAUAUUGUCAGCACUGUCUGUAGCACAAACAACAGAGCAUCACAGUUCAGCUGACUCUGGAUCAGAGCUGGUACAGAGUGUAUACAGACAUUAGUAUAUGUUUAUAUGCAUAGUAUAUACAUAUGUAAGUUCUUACAGACCUGGAGAAAACUGAUUUUCCCUCCAAUGCACCUUGGUAAUAGAAUAAUCUUAAAAGAGAGCUCAAAUUGGACACACUCAUAUCUCUGAACAAAUUUAAGAGGAUUAUGAAGAAUGUGCUCACAGAAGCAGGUACCUGUUAAUCUGAAAAGCCAGAGGUGUUUUUAAACAUUUGUUUUUUAUCUGUUCUGGGUAAAUGCGACAGCUUUGAUGUGUUUGUGACUCUGCAUGGCUGCUACCUUGGCCAGGUCUCUCGUGUCAAAGAUAUUUUUAAUCUUAUUGGGACUCCCUGGUUAAAUGAAGGUUAAUCUAACAUUCACACAAAGAGAGAUUUCUAAAUAUUGAGAUAUAAAUUGUGUGUCAUGAUGCAGCUUAAAAAAUUCUGCAGUAUCUGUAAUUUCUCAUGUAGCCCAGCCUUAAUAGGUACUCAUUGAGAACUUUUAGCUCUGGCAAAUACCAGGUUCAAUGAUACACAGCAUUUACAGUCAGGGGGAGUGAUGGGACUUACGGUUCUUUUUAGUGAGCCAGAUCAUUUGGCUCAGCUCACCAAGAAGAGCCAGCUCUUUCGGCUCCCAAACGGCUCUUCAUUUUACUACUUACACAUUUUCGAAUUCAGCCAAAUUUAGCGUUGUUUGACUGUGUGUAUGUGUACAUAUACCUCCUAAAUAAUUCAAUACAUUCUUUGUACUGAAGUAUUUACAAGUAAAAUUAAAAAAAAAUUUAAAAAGAAAAAAAUAGCUCACAGACGGCAGAUGGCUCCCAUCAUUCCAAAGAUUACUGCUCUUUGAACCGGCUUAUUUUCAACUGGCCCAUCACUAGUCAGGAUAUCAUCACAGUCAUCAGUUUUUGUCUCCAGUCACUGUCAGUGUUAGUAUCCCAUUUCAUAACAACCCAUCCAAUUGUUGCUGAGAGGUUUUAAUGUAGACCAAAAUGGUAAAUCAACCAAGAGACAGUCGUAACAUUUGCAAAGCAGAGUCAGUGAUGAAUUUAUCACGCUAAUGAACGUCCGCCCAGUAUGGAUUUGUCAUUAGAAUAAUUAAGAUUCAUUCGCAGAGUUGUCUAAAAAUGAGGGCUCUUCGUAAUGAAGAAAAACGUACUUCAUUGUGGUUUUGUGCUCUGAAUAGUUUUUGAAUUACAACAUUCUAUAACACAGUGAAAUCUAAAUUCAUGUGUUAUUCAUGAUAGUCAGAAAUGUUUGUUUUUGGGUCAUUGCGGUGUUUGUUUUUGGUGUUUUUUAAGGGAAUUAAUCAUCAGAAAAUAAUCACUUAACUGUGAGGUUUUGCAAAGUUUCCGCGAUUCUUCAAGGUGCCAAACAUUUUGUUUAACUGAGGAGGUCACCACAGGUUACUGCAGGAGAUUCUCACUUUUUCAUCUCACCCUAUUACAUAAGAAAGAGCUUUUCUUUUAAUUCCACACCGUAUGGGUUGCCACAGGCCUUUUUCCCGAGGCACAGACAGGAGCAAACCCAUUACAGAUGCCUUCCCUGUUGUUGCACUUAAGCCUCUUCUGGCUGCUGAAUGCUUUUAAGCACCCUGACUUUGAAAAUGAGGCGCAGCAAAGGCCAGAGCUGACAUAAGAGCGAGUAACCUGAAGCCUCCUCUUAGAGCGUCUCUCUGGGGGGCCUCAGUGUUCACUCUUUCUGCAGGUUUAUUUUCUCUAAGAAAACCAAUUCAUUAUUGACAGACUCUCGGAGCAUGGCUGCAGGCAAGCUUCCCUGAAUUUAUGCAACUCUAUAUCACUGCGGGUGCCUAAUCAGGAUUCUGACACGCACUCUAAAACACUUUGGAUUCAGUGUCAGGGCUGAGCUCAUGGGCUGGAGGAAUUAUGAAGAGCGUGACCAACAGAGAAUAGGUUCACUAGCUCUCAAUUUCCUACAGCACAGAUGAAGAAAACCUAUCUGGUUUAUAUAACGAGCAGUUUUUCGGAAGAGUCUGCGUUUCAGAAGUAACUAAUCUGCUCAGCAUUAGCUCGGCCAUGCUUAUGGGAUGAGUCAAACACGUUAACUCUUAAAAGAAAGUCACCUUGCCUCGACAUUGGUCUAAAACACAUCCCUCAUACCUCAAAUUAAUUUCCUCCUCUUCUCCUGUGGUCUGGUUGAGGUUGUUAGUGGGAGAACUGCUGAUGCAAGUGUAUCAUAAACGUUUCUCUUUAGCUGACUCAGGUUUGGUACCAUUAUUCAAGGUGGCAAGAUCAGUGGAAGAAGAAAUAAUAAGGCUCAAAAACAGCACAGGCGCCUGUGCGACAUCCAUUUAGUUAAUACGGGGACUCUUUUACUGAUCCUUAACAUUAAACCCUCAAGAAAUCAUUUAAUGUGCUUAUUUUGGAAGUUUAAAGCAACAGAUUUAAGAGAGCGAGCCCACCAACAAUGUCCAAGCAAAGUGCUGAGCAUGACAAGAUUUAAAGCCAGAGCUUCUCUACUUUUCCAAGACUCUUGGAAAAGAUUCAUGAUGCAACAUUAAUCCCCGUUUCAGAUGUCCAAGUGGGUCAGAGAAACAGCCUAUUCAGUGGAUGAGCUUCAUUUGUGAGAGUUUGUUUUUCCUAAGUGUGGAGCCAAUCAGUGUCAGCUCGCUGUAAAUCUACUGCUGUCCAAUGCUGACUUCUCCUGCCCCAGUUUCACAGUCCAAUCACUUCACUUUACUUCAUAUAACUCUGGUAAUUUUUGCUGCUCAGCUAAUCUCUUAAUGUUCAGCCCUCUGGCUUUGUAUAUUUUUACUUAAAUAUGAUGGAUUUUGUUCACAUAAGACACACAGAAAGGGAAUAAUCCUUUCUUUGCAAUUUGGCUGAUUAGUUAGCUGAAAAGGACAAACAUAAACCUCAUUAGCUCUGCUGGUGUGAUAGAAAAUCGCACCACCGACACAACCAGUAAGACAACUAAAAGCUUCUGUGAGGAGUUUUAAGAUGGUUAAUAAACAGAGUUAAAUUAAUACUGUUAUCUUCAUAUGACCAACAAAAAUAAGCAAGACUAGCAGUGACAAAACUGAUAAGGUCUCAAUAGUUUUUCAUCAGUCAGUGUUUUCCAAGAGUUUUGUUGAAGCCAUCCAUAUGAAGACUUAGCAACAUUUUAAAAACUCUCCACCUCAGACAGUCUUUUCACAAACCUGUUUUCAGUGAUCCAACACAAAGACACGAGACCCUUAUUUCCACCUCUCUCUUUGUUUUCCUGUUUUCACUAUAAAACUUGGUCUUCCAGUAGAAGAGAGUAACACAUUACAACAUGACAAUAAACCCUCAGUGCAAACUUCUGCUGUACAGAGCUCAGCUCUGUAUCCUCAGUGGAAACAUCUUUGUAGAGGCAUAGAAAACAAAAUUGGUUUUAAGGACGUGAACCAAGAAGAAAAAAGUCACCAAGCAAGAAUUUUAUCAAGAAGUCUGACUAGAGAAUGAACUGCAGGUGUUACAGCAAAAAUGAGAAACUCCUUAAAAUGUUGAAUUAAACUUACUAAACGAGUAAAACAGCAUCAGCAUAUAACCUGAGGCUAUACAAACAAAAUUUCAUACUACAUCCUCUGAAGUUAAGCUAAUACUAUCAUUUAUUACUAUCAUUUAUUGAUUAAGCAAAUACCUAUUUCUCCACAAUGAACAAAAAAGUUAGCAGCAGGAUAGAAACAUACUUCUACUAGAAAAGCACUCAGAGAGCGCAGACCUCCGCCAAGCAGCUCACAGUUUCUGGAAUUUUGUCUGGAUCAGGAUCAACCUUUGACUCCUCAUAAAACUCAUUGAGAUCCUUUUGUGUAAUUUUUUACUAAAGACUCUGGACAUUUUUAUAAAGUUAAAUGCAAAAAUUCCCAAAUUUGCCCUAUCUCACAAUGAUAAAGAAUCCUUAAAAAAAUUCCUGGAUCCAGAAGGCGAUCCGGAUCACCACCAAAAUGUAAUGGGAUCCUCCUGGGGCUGAGACGCACCUCUGGUGAAAAUUUCAGGUCAAUCCGUCUGUAACUUUCUCUGUAAAGUUGCUAACAGACAAACAAACAAACAAACAAACAAACAAACAAACAAACAAACAAACAAACGCUACCAAAAACAUGCCCCUUGGCGGAGGUAAAUAUCACCAGCAUCAUUUGAAUUGUUGAAGCAAGCAAAAGUCUGUAUGUGUAACUGUUGUUACAUGAAGGUUAGUUGGAUCUAUUUUAGGAGAAGUGGCAGUUUUUGAAUAUCUUUUGUCUUCUGUAUGCAAUAAAACAGAACAAAAUUGAAAAGAAAAGAAGCUUUCUUUAAAUCGUAACAUCUGUUUUUACUGUAGGUUGUAUUGCAUUCAACCUAAAAAGCAUAAGCAAGAAAGGUUAUUACUUAUGAAAUUAAUUUUUAUGUUAAUCAUAAGCAUAAAAAACUGAGGAGCUUUACUUCUUGGCUUUACCAAUUGGAAACCUCCAGUGUGAGAGUUUGUGGAAGCACAAAAACACUGCAGUUCCUUCAGUGUCCACUAGAGGCUGGCUGAACAAGACUGCACCCAGUUACUAAAAACAUGGUGAUCAAUGCAGCUCCUUUCUUUACACACAAACACAAACACUGUAAAAGGGGUUCGCAUUUUUUAUAAUGCAACUGUUAAAAAGAGUAUAAAGUUCAAUAAUUUUGUAUAAAUUUGCCGAACAGGGGGUGUUGACGAGUCAACUGAUAGGGGAGCACAUUCAGCUAAGUCCUCUUUGCCUGUUUCUGGAUUAAACAGAAGGUUUAGUUUGUAUUUCCAACAUAGAAACUCAGAGCCUCUCUUCAGAAAUCUAUGUGACGUCACAUAUGUCUACCUUUUAUACAGUCUGUGGGUCCUCCCUAAAGUCACUUAUAUUGAAGCCACAUUCACUUUGUCCCCAGGAACUUGAAUUUAGCUUUUUUUUUAAAGUUGUCCGUUAACUAAAUUUUUCCUGCUCCGAAAGGACACCUAUCAAAAGUCUGCCAUAAAAUAUAAACACAUACAUCCCAGAUAAACCUUAAUGCACCUUAAUCUAAUGUGGCUUUUUUUGUUUAGGAUCUCACGGCUGACCAUUGUUCCCUAAAAGCCUCUUUAAUCUUAUCGUGUCCCACGUCACAGAGCCAUUUCAAAGAUCCUUCGUCACAGCCAAGUGCCUCCUAUUGAGACUAAAUCCAUUUGUGGUCUAUAGCAGGCUUUUUCUGAAAGCCCUGACUAUGAUACCCAUGAAUCAAUAAUGCUUUUAUUUUUUUCCUCAAUGCAAUCUCCUUUUAUAAUGUGAUUACAUAUCAGUGCAUGUGCCACUGAAUGUACACCUAGUCUGUCCAGAUUCAGAAUCUAUCUAUUUCAUAUAAAGCAUUUCCUGGCGGGAUACGCUCCAUGUAAUGCAGGAGAAUUUGAAUUUAAAUUAAGCUCAACUGUUUUUUUUUUUGUUCCCAGGAUCAAUAUGCUUUCUCCGAGUCUAUUUCAAUCCCAUUAGUUUCAUGGAAAGCUUUUAAUCAGAGCAUAUGUUUACGUGCUCUGCCUGUCAAUCAAAAGUGAGGCUCGUUGUUGUGGAAAGAGCUAAAUGGAAGAAAAACAUAACAUUUCUGUUUUAUGAUGAAGUAGGAAACAUCUCCACUUUGGAUCAGUGGGUUUUGAGUUGAAGUUUAUGUGUAAUAUUUGUUCUUCAGUCAAAACAUUGGUCAAAUUAAUGUGUUUGUUAGCAUAAACAGAGAUGCACAUGUCAACACAAAAACCUCUAACUAUGUCAUCCAAGUGAUUCCCUUACAAAUUAACCCACUCACAGUGAUACCUGAGCCACAGAGCUGUCAAAGAGUUUCACACGCAGGAGAAACAAAAGGAUGAUUUGAAAGGAUGGAUGCCUUCAGCAGUGAAAUCUAACGAGGUAGGAGGUCCCCUUAGACGCAAUUACCGCCUGAUACUUCAAAGAGAUGUCAAGCUGUCUUUGCUGAGUCAGAACACACACCUAGACUCUCUCAUUAUCAGACUAAGACAAAGAAAUACAACGCUGAUUGAUCCCUGUAAAGGAAUCCUUUCACUUAGACACAAUUGAACAAAUUUUCAGCUUUAGUCUAAGUUUCAAAUACACACAAGUUAAGUAGCGUGUUUGUCCGAUAGUAAGAAUAAAUGUUUCUCUAAGAUUGUUAUUGGUAUAUUCACAGAAAUUUUCUCAAACUCUUCUGAUGAUUUAAUAUUUAUCCAAAUGAUUUAUUUUCUUACAGUUUUAAUCGUAACACUCCUAGAGGCAGAUAUAAGAUUGAGAGAGCAGAGAAAUUGAGAUUAUUCAUCUUAAAAAACAGUGUAAUCAAAUUGAAAAUAAUACAAUGCCUUGGACUCAAGGAGACACAACGCAGGAAUAAAUUGCAUGAUGCAUUUUUGUGGCACCAGAACAGCCCCCCUGGUGAGUUGUUACACAGUUUUCUGACACGGUUCACAGCCGCAAACAACAGCAUGGGAUUUGUGGGGAGUGGAAGGACGGUCGACUAAUUAUCUCAACACAAACUGUUCAGAGCAGCCGAGGCAUCUCAAUCUGCUCAUUCUCCUCCAGCAGAGAGUCGCACAACAUAUUGGAGUGUGCUCACAAGAUGAAAUAUUUAUGAAACGGCAGAGCAGGACAGCUAUUCAGGUCAUCUUGUUUGUUCGCUUGCUGCAUCAAAUAUAAACAUACACAUACAGCCCCUUUUAUCAGUGUCCCGCCCAGUCGACACAAACAAAAAUACUUCCAGAGUUAAGUAGAUAAAUCACAUCAAAACUUGAAAACGAUGAACAAAAAGUUGUUUUUAGAAGUCAGAGACAAGAUAUAAAGGCCUCAAAGAUUACAUCCUUUACUGACAGAUUCUUUCAUAAGGUGUUAUCAUCCCAACACUUAUGCUGCGUUCCAGUUAGCUCAGAAGUCGGAUGUUGGAGCUGGGAAUGAUGUUACACCCGAGUUGACGGCGUUCCAGUAAACAAGUCGGAAAACAAAGAUGGACGCCUACUGUUAGCCAUUGUCAGCUGUUGUUAGUCGUUGUCAGCUGUUGUUAGUCAUCAGCUGUUGUGAGUUGUUGUUAGCUAUACCAGUUGUAAACGAUGCAUAAACAUAAUUUUACCCUACACACACCAUAGCGCCAUGUUCACAGUUAGACGUUGGGUGGUAAAACAUAUACCACUAAUUUAAUUUCACAAAAACAAAACAGAAGUGUUCAUAAAUAACACAUUACGAGAGCUUCACUGUUACUCUUUACUGUUGAUGCACUGCACUGUCAUCUUGGAUUAUGACGUUGUCGUCAAGUCGGGUUGGUGAGGAUCGCCCGACUUUCCGAGUCAGAGAUCUGACUUCAGUGGGGCGUUCCAGAUGAAUGUCCGACUCGCAGUCGGGAAUCUCAACUUCCAAGUACAACUGUGACGCAGCAUAAAAUCCAAAUUUUUCUCAAAUCUAGAAACAAUGCCGGGAUGUAAAACAGUUCCCCUGGCAGGAAAAGUCAAAGUUUGGUUUAGCUUUUUCGAGAGACUAAAUAUCUUUGAGUCAGUUCUUCAUAUGUGCAGCGGAAGGAAGUUUAUUGUUGAGUGGGUUGGGUUCAGACAGAUAAAGCAGAUGUGGGAUUAAUAAAGUGGAGAAGAACUCAGCCGCUCUGACCUCAGUCCUGACCUGACAUUUAAGCGUAAUAUGCAGCCUAAUAUGAAAUCUGCAGCCCGCUGAGCAAUGGGGAGAUGCUGGAGAUGAUAGUGCUGAAUUUUAUGUUUCUGAAAGAUGAGUUUUUAAAACUUUAUCUUUGUGAAGUUGGAGUUGAAAUCAUUUCUGGUCUUCACGCUUGGAGGCUUCUUGGUGGACUGUUUGGAAACUGAUGCUUUUGUGACAUACUUGGAUAAAAAGGGCCUAAAUUGCUGAAAUAACAUCAUGCUGUAAAUUUUUAGUGUCAAACUUUAACGCUUACUGGUGAGCCUGCUAUGUAGCACUGUUUUUAUCCUAUGUGGCUGAUCAAGUCCCCAGACAGGUCUACCCUCAGCUUGUAUUGAUUGUGAAGAGGAGAGGGACUAGACUGGACUGGUGAUCUGGGGUACUGAGUGUCCCACUGGACUGAUGUGAGGCUAUAAUAAAUAUUCAUGCUUGAAAAAAAUACAACAAUGUUGUAUACAAUGUUGUUCAGUAUUGACAUGGAACUGGCCAGUCCACCCCCUCUCCUCUGUCCUCUCCUCCUCUUAGAGGCAUUAGUGUCUUACUGAAGAAGAAUGUCAUCAUAAAGAGCUCAGCUGUGGGCAACAAGGUCUGAGAGUGUGAAGAAGCUCUGGAUGCUGCAAAAUUGUGUUAAGUGGGAAAUGUUGUAUCUUCAAGCGGUGCAAACCACUGAGCAACCACAUGUGGAGAAAAGAGAGCUGUGCAGCCCUGCAGGAGAGGAGCAGGAGUGUGUGUUAGUAAAGCAGAGGGACAAUGUGAGUAAAGAGAGAGAAUAACAAGUAAUGAUGAGCUUACUGUGGAUAAACCUCUUAGGUCCGUAUCCUAAAAUAUAGAGAAAUGGGGGCGUGCAGAUAGCCGAGCAGGUUAGCGUGCACCACCAUGGGGACUAUGGAGCAAGUUAGCGUGCACCACCAUGGGGACUACGGUCCCCGCAGCAGCUGCGGGUUCGAGUCCAGCCCCGACCAUGUGCUGCAUGUCCUCCCCCCUCUCUCUAUCUACCCAAACUUCCAACCUGUCCUAUCAAUAAAAUUCGCAAAGAGAGAAAUAAAAAGGGUGUUUGAGUCAAAGGAAUUCUGAGGUCUUUGAAAUGUUCAUAAAGCAGGGGUGGUAUAAUCAGUGAGGAAUUGUGUUAUAUAAUUAUGAUCUCAUGAUUAAAGUUAUUAUUAGUAUACAUUUUGUGUUCCUGCAAGUAUCAGCCUACUUGCACCUAAUUAUCUUGUACAUACUGUAAACUCAUAUUAAAGCUCCUUUAAGGAGUUUCUUGGCAUUUAUUUAACAGAUGGAUAUUCAUAUUGAUGCUGUUUUGUGCUUCAUCAAAGCAAGUAAGACUAUGAACAAUAAGACUGAUGACAUUCAAAUCAUGAUUUUUUAUGAGAGUAGGUGCAGCCAAACAGCUGAAGAAACCCAAUUCUACAUUUACCACAUUAAAUAUUUGUUGCAUAGGAUGAAUUUGACAGUCAAAGGUCAGCAGGAUGAGAUUUUUUUUGUCAGAGGAUGUGUAGGACGCAAUAAGCAAAGCCUUCUUGGUCCACAGGGGGCGCCAAAUUUGACACAAACUGAAUGUUCCUUAUAGAAGCUUUAAUUGCGCAGACUCGGCAAUGUUUAAAAACAACACCAGCAAUUCGGAGCGCUAUAGUUAAGACACUAAUUUUAAAAAGUUGACCAACACUACAGCUGAUUUCUGAGGUAGAUCUUCAAUGUUUUCGUCUUCAUACUUGGUAUUUAUUAUUGACAACACUUCAUUUUUUUAACCGUAUUUGAUCAGAAUCAGCCCAGUAGCUUUAACAUUGAAUUAAAACAAACAAAAAAUUGCCUUAAAGACAUAUAUUUGAAAUUUAAACAUAGUAUCAUCAACAUUUAAAAGGAAAAUUCUUAAUAUUCCUCACAUAGAAUUACUGUCAUUACUGUCAACAGGACACUUUAACAUACUUUCUCAUUUCAAUGAUCCCUACCUCUCCCCUCCAUCUUUCCACUUACAUGCCCCUCACACUACUACCAAGGCUAAAAAUCACGGCGUUAUAUCUGACCUCACAUCCUCAUGGAAAGAGAGCUGACAGUCGAGCGUUUUGGAUCCGGUUUCUUGACAGUUUGAUUCACUAAAAGAGGCAAUUGGGUUGAGUGGUGCUCUGGACAAGUUCCAUCUAUGUGGGGAAAGAGAGAGUUUGAAGAGUGGAAAUCAGCCCAACAGUCAAUCCACUUAAAGGAGGAUUAAUGCUGCAGGGUCAUGUGGGAAUGCCCACCACAUUUUCUUGCUACUACAGUUUUGUUUAAUGGCAUAAAAGUCUGGAGAGAGAUAAAUUUUGAACAUGUACGCUAUAAAGAAAAUCAAUGCUUGCUAUUUCCUCAGUAAAGGUUUUAGAGAUCAGGCCUUACUGAGAUGUAUGGAGGGUGUUUCAGCUCUAAUUUAAUGAUAGAGGGCUCUGGUUUGAUGUUGCAUUUUACCUACUUUUUCUACAUUUUCUGUAUGCAAACAAAAACAUUAUAAUUUUUUUCAUUGUAGAUCAUCUUUACGAGUACUUUUUUAAGGUGUCUUUUCUGUCCCUCUUCUUAGAUGACCCGACUGUCCAGGGCCUGGAUAAAUCCCGGCAUCUACAAACAGGAGAGAUGAUUAUAAUCGUGGUGGUGUUGGUCAUGUGGGCAGGUAAGUGAAAAGUUUGUGUGAGGAAAAUGAGAAACCAAAGAGGAGGAAGAACCCUUUAGAAAGCCUGAGCACUUUAUAAGCUUCUUCUCCAGAGUGGUGUGAGGAGUUGAACACAGUAUUCUCCGCUUAAACUAGGACAGUUUGGGUUGCUUUGUCUGGGAGUAUUUUUUUUUCACUCUUGUCCCUGUUUCACUUACUUCCCACACUUUCCCUGCACUGACACCAAUUUAGCAACAAUGAAUUAAAGUUUCAUAACACGCACUGUUGAUGGAAACUGACUAAACCACUCCCAAAAGUCCUAGAAGAUGAUUGUCGGAAUAUAUUUAAAUCCCCUCUGAGGAGCCUUUUAAUAAAUCAGAGUUUGGGAUGUUCCUCCACCAAUCUUGAACUCCCGUUGUUGAAUAUUUAUUCAUGCAUAUUUAAUCUUUAUGGGUUAUACUUCUUUUAUUUUUUAUGAUUAUUAUUAUUUGGAUUUUUAAUGGUUUUAUUAAGAGGACAGCACAGUGGAAUAAGUAGGAAACAGGGAUGAGGAGCUGGGGAGUGAUACGAAGCAAAUGGCUCAAGCUUCUGCACCGAAGGGGCGCAAUUUAACAACUACCCAACGUGCUUUGGAGCACAAAUUUCAGACGAGACUUUUCAGGGCUUUAGGCAACAUAAAGAAAAUAAAUGUGCAGGAUUGUUACAAAAUCUCACUGGGGACGAGCCAACAUACUGUGACUAAGAUCAAUAUUUGGACCAAAUAUGAUACUCAAUGGAUUUUACCUGUAAGAGCAGCGAUACUGUCUGUAACCACAUCAUAGUGGUCCAUCAGGAUGACAACUUAAACUCUUGAGGGUUUCUAAUAGGCUGAUUAUAGAUCCAUUAAAGUCUAUUAUCUAUAAAGAGAAAGACCAGAUGUCAUCUGUUAUUGAGCAGUUGUUACCAUGAGUGAAAUUCUAUUAAAAUCCUGCUUAACAAGCUAAAAGAUGAUUGUGUUCCUCCAAUGGUUCUGCUUAAUAUUAAGAUUUACUGUCAGCCUCAUUGAUGCAGACGACUGGUGCACAUCCCAGAGAGGUUUUCCACACUGUAUAUAAUCUUGUAGCUGCAUCAAUACAUCGGCACACCGAUCAAUACGCCGUAACCAAUUUAACUGUCAUCCAGCACAAGACCUGCAAGGGUAGGAUCCCUAUUUAGAGGAUGUUCAGAGUCCAUAAAACAAAGUAACGCGCUCUGAAAUAAAUCUAUCAACCCCUGACACACGUCCCUUUAAGGCUUUCUCAAAACAUCACGCUUCUUCAAGCUCUCUCUGCAUGGAGGCCCCUCAUCUGAGCCCCAGCCCCUCUGAGGAAAUGCGCUGAUAAAUGAAGUGUUGCGGCACAAUGAGAGGUGGCACAUCUGACGGGCUGCCAGGAGCAGGGCUUUCCUCCCACGAGCACCAGAGUGAGAUGUUAAAUAAUACUAAUGAGAGAAACCAAAGUAACACGGAGGCUGCACAGAGUGGGAGUGAAAGACUACAAACAACUCAACUGGUGUAUUCAUAAUGGACUGCUCAUAUGAGGCCAUCUAAUUCUGAGCAUCAAAUACCUCCACGAUUCAAUAAUCUACACCACAUAGAUGGCUUUUUUUUUGGUGUUUUUUGGUUAACAAUUUUUAUCCUUAUUGAUUAACUUUAAAUAUGUUUUUAUCAAUUAUUAGUCAGGUGAACAAAUUCUUAAUACUCUCAUAGCUGCUUGUCUGAAAGCCAGUCAUAUAUAACGCCAAAGCUGCAGCUCUGCUAGCCACCACUACCAAUAACUGUAGCUUGGUAAUAGCUUCAGCCAUAAUGCUCUAAUGCUCGCAUAUAAAACCAGACAAAUGGCUUCUCUUAGCACAGCGCAGUUUGACAGGAUUAUGAGCUAAAUAAUAAUAAAGUUGUUUUCAGGUUGUGGCUUGUUAAGCAAGCAUAUAACCAACCAGACUGAUGCCUAACUAGCACAUUAACGUGUGAAUAUUAACCUGCAAGGAAGACCAAAGGCUGGUGAUGCCAGAAAAACAGCCUUAUUUUCAGAUUACAGACAAAAAAUGUGAACAAUUAAUGAUAAAUAAAACUGUGAGGAGUCUAAAGACAGUACUUGGGCUUGGUUGAGGAUGAAUUUCAUUUUGUUUUCAAUUGUCCCUUAUAUGUUGACUUAAGGAAUGUCAUUUUUGAAUCAAUUCAGUGUAAAAAUCCUGAUUUAUUUUGGAAGAGUGAAGGUGAGAUUUUGGGUUGGUUGUUUGAAAAGGAUGUUUUUGUUUUGGCAAAAUUUGUUGAAAAGGCUUGGCAUAUGCGGCAAAGUAUUUUGUACCCUGUAGGAUGAACUUUUUUGUUUCUCUUUCAUUAUCCUCAUUGUUUGUGUUACAAUUCUUAAUGGAUUUUUGAUGUUAUUGUUGUUGUAUAUUAUGUUGCGUGGCUGUCUUGGAUACAUUGUGUUUUGAGUUUGUUGAACAGUGUCUAAUAAGCCCAUGGGGCUGGGCACCAAUUUUGGUGUAUGACAUAAAAUUAUCAAAUCAAUCAAAAAAUGUAGAGGACAAGGAUGGAGAAGACAUCUUGUCCACAGGGGGCGCCAAAAUCAACACCAACCCACAGUCCAUCAGGGAAGCUUUAAGGAAAAGACACUCUGACUAAAUGUUGUUCUCUUCAAUCUUGAAAAAACAGCGUUAGUUGAAACAUUGAGACACUGUUAUCUCAUUUAUCCAGGGAAAAAAAAACCACAUUAUUUAUUUUAAUAAUAUUUUCCUCAAAAUUCUGAGACUGUCUUGGUAGUUCAGAAAAACAGCAUUACUCUCUUAAGCUCUUUAGCUGUGACUCAUGUUUCAGUUGAGAAGUUGUCGGUUCCUUCUCUGCUCCCUCAGUCACAAGCCGAGGAGUCUUUGGGUAUAGCCAGCUGUGUUUGGAUGAAACGGUGAAAGGGGUUUGUAAGCGCUGAUGGUUACUUUACUUUGCAGCAUCUGCCAUCAGUGUGUGAAUGGUGAAUGGGUGAAUGUGUAAGAGAGUUGAAAAAGCUCCAUAAAAGACUUCUGUUUACAUCACCAGUAUAGCCUCAGCCGUUCUGAUUGAACACACAUUGUUCUGAGAUCAUCUGCAAAAUAAAAAGAUAGAAAUGUGCAAAUUCCUCCCAUGAGUGCCUGUGCUCCCUUGCAGAGCGCGUACAUUCAGGAAUAAUAAUUUUGUUAAUUAAAGAAUUAUGCUACGCUUCUGAGUGUUUCUCCCAGCUCUGUGACUGUCAUUACCAGACCUGCGUAUCAGUUUCUGAAUAUUUAAUGAAAGCCUUCUCAUGGAAAUUCAUAACCUCAGUGAAGCAGGGAAGUUAAUUGUAAGCACGGAGCAUUCAUUCAGACUGGAAGCAGAAGUGCAUCUGGCAGAUUAUAAAUGGUAAGAAAGCAAAGCCCACGGAGAAUGACUGUCGUCAAGCUUCCAGAUGAAGGCUCAGCCAUCGCGCUCUCAUGGGAGCGGAAUUCCAUUAUCCACAUGGCCUUUCAACGUGAGCGCCAGAAGAAGCAGUGACAUGUCUGUGGGAGUGACACUGACUGAAUUCCUUUCCUCUCUUUUCUCUCUCUAUGUGUGUGUGUCUCACCUCCUGCCAGCUGUUAUUGCCCUCUUUUGCCGGCAGUAUGACAUUAUCAAGGACAACGACUCGAGCAACAACAAGGAGAAGGCCAAACCGUCGUCAGAGAGGAGCACGCCGGAGCACCACAGCGGAGGGCUGCUGAGGAGCAAGGUGAGCACGACUUCCUCUGAAGGCACACAGGCUGACAUCUCCAUCGCUUUCAAUGAACGAAUGAAUGAACCUCCUGCUUACCGAGCAUACAGCUUCCUCCCUGUAUGUGUGACACAAGAUUGGCUCCUGCGCUCCUGUGCGUCCCCCUCCAGGGCUUCUUUCAGCAGCUGUUUGUGCACACAAACACAGACAGAUGUGUCACCAUCCAUAUCAAUGGCUUUGCUCUGACAGCACAGGUCUUUUUCACAGCAGACACUUUCACACAGCAGGAGAAACACAGGUGGUAAUAAUAACAUUAAAGCUCCCAUAUUAUGUAAAAUUCACAUGGUUUCGCUGAUUUGAAAAGGCGACGGUACAAGCAAGGCGUGGCAGUUGCUCUGUUGUUGGCUGCACGAAGCAGCACAGAAGUCUGUUUCUGUAGACCACGAGAACAUCAUCAGAGAGAGUAUCGGAGCGAUAACUAUAAAUAUUGCACAAGUAAUGGGAAGACAGCAGAGAUGUAACUGUUAGCAGGAGCUAGUGUUACCUAGCUACAUGUAAGUCACUGUGUACCACCACAUAAACAAAGUAAAAAGAAAAAUAUGAAGACACAUAAUAUUUGUAACUAACCAUUCAGAAACCUCCUGCUGCAGCCACAGAGUUGGAAUUUCUUCAGGAGCCCCUCCUUCUGGGUCAGACUCUGGAUCUGGGUACAGCUGGCCCACAGUACUUCUACGAGGUUUUUUUUAAUGGGCACGUGUGCCCCUUAAUACAAUCUAUAAUUCGCACACAUCUGUUUUUAUUCACAAAUGCGAGUGAAACGGUCGCACUGUCGAGCCCUGCUGUGUAAACAUUAGUGCAUGGUACCAUAGCACAAGCCAUGCCCCAAGUCUAGAGAGACAGAGAGGGGCUUGGCUUGUGAUGAAGGAGGCGUGGACAGGUGCAGCACACAGAAACAGCGUGUUCUUGGAAGAGCUCACUAGAGAGUUUUCAGGCUGGCUGAAGUCCAGGGAAAAACUGGGAUUUUAGACAACAAACUUCAAAUCGACUGUUCUAGGACCUCUGAGACCUAUGUGAACCUGCUGACAAGGAGUAUGAUACGGGACCUUUAACAAUAAGGUCAACCCAGGAGAGUGACAAAGAGGCAGUGUAUACAACCUGUCAAACCUCAAACUGAGAAUAUAACAAAAUGAUCAUUCAUUUCAUCAUGUAUAACUCAGCAACCUCCACUUAGACAUGUUAAACUGCAUAUCACACAUAUCCUGUGUGUACAGUGUGUUUUUUGAUUAGCAUUUAACUAUUAGCGUUGAUAUGGUAUCACUGUGACAGAUUAUUCACUUCACAGCUGCAAACUUGAUGAUGCAACAAUAGCAUGAUGACUGUGUUUUUGUCAUGACAGAUGUAUCCGUCUCAGCUGCACAUGAGGACAAAGAGGCCAUAAUUUAUUCAAUCUGAGACAAUGCUUGGUUAAUAGAUAAAUAUAGACUCGUGAGGAUUGCCUUAAUGUUAUUUUUUCUAUGUACAUAUUUUAUAAAGAAGGUAGGGAAUCUUUUUUACACUUACUCGUGACAAAUCUGCUCAUAGCUCCUCUUGUUGACAGGCCAGACAAAGUUAGAUUUUUUACUUUUAUUUGACUUUUAUUUGUUGGACAAGGACAAAUGCAUGAGUUAUUGUUUUAUAUUGUAAACAAAGUAGAUGCUGAUUUGCAACCCCUGCACCUGGUGAGGCUUCCAUGAAUGAAAUCAGAAAUUUCUAGGUAAUUACAACCAUAAAAAAAAUACUGUAGGAUCUGUUUGUGUUAUAAAAAGUAUGAUUUCAGCAAAGAUGGGCAUCAACAUGAAUUAAGACUGAAAACAGUGAAGACAUGGCUGCAUUUUUAUGCAUUCUGCAAAUGUGUGAGACUUAUAUGAAGUAUAGAAAUAUCAAGAAAGUAUGGUUUCUUUAUCUUGCUCACAUUCAGUGUAUUAUACCAAGAAGUGACAAAGGAAAAGAAAGUUAAAAGUGGAAUUUGUUUAAUGCUGACGACAGUAUAAUUCCUGAGAAGUUGGCACCCAUUCACAGGGGAAUAUAGCGUAUAACUCUGACAUUGGACAGUGAUGGAUGAUGAUUGCUAACAGGCUCUGAGAUUUGCUUCAGGUUAAAUUACAAGGACCUUCUCAUCUGUGCAUUACUGCCCUUCACAGAAGCAAACACAAUCCUUCUGUUAUCACUGCUAUCAAAAGUUAAAGUCAUCUUUCUUUUGUCUCACAGGUUUUAAGAUAUGUCAUAUUAUUGGCUGUAACAUCGAUACAUUCAAGGUCAUGAAGAAGAUACCACUAUUUGCACUGAAACUUUCCUCCCUGAAACUUCUGUUAAAACUGCAAGGUGGUAAAAAAAUGUUAAAGCUAGCUAUAGGAUGGUUGUUGCAGAGUUCGUUUAAGAGCAUUAGUGUUCGUUGAUCAAAGUAUGUACUCAAUCCUGUUCUCUUCUCUCUUGUUGCAGUUCCACCCUUCUGUGCCGUCUAUCAACAUCAUUGAAGUUUGACGAGAUGGACACUGACGUUAAUCUCGCUCUCUCUCUCUCUCUCUCUCUCUCGCUCUCUCUCUCUCUCUACCAUUGAUGCACCUCAACCUUUCUCACUGAUGAGGAAACAUGAUGAUUGGAUGUAAAGUUUCUGUGGGUAUCCAUCAGAGAAUAAGGUCGAUCAAUAACGUCUUAUCAAGGACACAUGCAUGCACACAGUAUUAGUGGGGAAACACUGAACUACAGGGUCUAAAGGAACUACGAUAGCAUAGACCUGGAUUUAUGCUGAGUCUGUCUUAACGUGAACUUUCAGCCCAUGUAAAGGUAUUUUUUCCUUUUAUUGAACCUUCAAAAACAGACAUCAUAUAAGUGCAGAUAAUAAUAAUACUACAAAGUUUUGUAUUCUGUCUUAACUCUACUUCAAUCCCAGCCUCUCAAGCUUUUAGUUGGACUGUAAUGCGAGUUAGUGCUUGGGAAAGGAAGUCUUGUUGGGCCAAUAUCUUAGUCUGACUAAUUUAUUAUUCCAAUUUAGGAACUUUCUUCCUCUUCCUCCUGGAGGCUACAUUGAUAGACAGUAGCCAAUCGGUAAUGCCAAUAAUAAAGCCCAAGUACCACUCAAAGAUUUAUUUUUUGUCCAUAUCAUCGAACAAAGAGGCUACCCAGGCCAAAACAGUCAUUCAUGGCUUCUUUAAUCUGUCGUUACUUCUUCGUUAUUUUACUUACCUGAGACUGUCGCGACAAACUAGAAAUAAGCUACUAGUUAGACUGACAGCUAAAGAUUUAAACAAUGGAUCCUAGUGCAGCUAAAGACUUUCACAUGGACAUGAAUCGCUAAGGUGGAGUAGACAGAAAGCUAGGCUUGAGCUCAGUUGGUUUAAUACAGUUAAGUUUUAAAAUGAAGACUGGUCCCACGGAGGAAAGCUGCCCUGUUAAGACUGUGCUUAGUAAAGACCAGCUGGUGCAUCUCAGACUAAAGUAUUGGUUGUAUAAAAAUGUGGACAACAUGCCUCUAUCUCCCAUUCAAUUGUAAAAAAAACCAUAUCGUACUGGUGAAGUAGAAGCGAUCUGACCGGUGAUGGUAAUGGUGUCACACUAUUUCUGCCAACCAGGAAAAAAUAUAAAACCUACUGAUAAAAUGUCAAAAAUCCUUACUUAGUUGUAAAUGUUGUAUUUGUCAACAGAGCCGUCAAUCAAGAUGUUAAACCUCCUUUUUUAAUAUUAGACUAAUCAAAAAUGAAGAUGUAAUAAAGGAGCACUCAGACAUCAUUCAGCAUGUCAAGAAAAUUUAACCAUAAAAAAUGUAUACAAUACAGCCCACUUCAUACUAUAAAUCCCAUUUGGCUUCACUUUUGGGGAGCUGUCAUGUUGUCCACAUUUUAGAGAUAGAGAUAAUGAUUCAGACAUAUGACCCCACACACCAAAACACCCUGAUCCCCACAGACACUCUCCGUACAGUAGUUCACAGUAACGUCCCCCCGCAGGUGGACAGAACAUAGAAUAAAUGUUAACAUGUGGUGCAGUUAACAUUGAAGUCUUCGCCAGGUGCUUGGUAUGUUAUUGCAAUACAGAACACACAAUACAACCUACACAAUACAACCUAUCAUCUCUGGGAGGCCUGUCUUCAUGGCUUUUAUUAGGCAGUGUAUUUUUGAUAUUGGCAUGUGCAGUUAGACACUACAGUCACCUGUUGUAGACAACUCAGCUUUAAACAAAUCUACAUCUCCACUGCAAAUAGUGUAAUAUACAGUCUCACAUUUAGGUAUUAUUAAGCGACAGCUGCUGCAGGUUGUUUAUAAGUAGAGGAGUGAAAUCAUGUAGGAAAACUUCAUUUGUAAGAAAAAAAAACACAAAAUGUAUUUGUUUUUUUUCAAGUGUUGAUUCUUAUAUGUCAUUUUAUUGUAUUUUUCCACAUCCAUGCUUAAUGAACAUUUCUGUACAUAUUUGAUUCAUGUACUAAAUAAAGAUGCAUGCAGGUCAUUUGCCUGUAGAAUAGCAUUCGAUGUGCCGUCUAAGUUAGAUGCCAAAACUUGAGAAAUAAACAUGAUUGAAGUACUGUGAAAAUGUUUUUUCUGCUUUUAGAUCAGGACACAUUUUCUUAAAGAACAUUGUGUAUAUUCCUGAUGAUUGUAUUUCCAGCCAUUUAAAAUAAACCUUGUUUUGAAUGUCCCAUGACACGCUCACAGCUAAUUUAA